AUGGAGGGCCCGAGCCGGAGCACUGGAUUCAGGCAGAGCCGACGGUCCCGAUCACAGCGCGACAGGGAGCGGCGGAGGAGGAGAGUGGACCUGGCGGUGGAGAGGGCCACAUCCCUGUCCUCAGGCUCCGAUCGAGAGGCUUGUGGGACAAACAAUGUGCUGGGUCCCGGUGGGAGAGAGAGCCGGCCCGGCUUUGGGAGACAUAGGCCUCCACGGCGGAGGAAGAGAGAGUCUGUGUCCUGUGAGGAAGACAUCAUUGACGGCUUUGCUAUUGCGAGCUUCAUCAGCUUGGAGGCUCUCGAGGUAAAUAUCUUUAUUUCUCAGCAGGAAUCUUCACCAACAAUAUUAGUCAUUAUUCACCAAGGACUAUUCAACGAUUAAUGGAAUAUUCCCCCCUGGUUACCUCUGUUAGGUGCCUCUCUUUCUGUGCAUAUUUGUAGAUUAAUGUUCGUUAAACCAGUUUUAUGAAGUUUGAAUUGGACCACAGCUUUGUUUUCAUGAAUAAGUUCCUCCCAGAACUCUGAAGAAGCAUCUGCAGUUUUCUCCAGCUCCAAAUAUCUCAGAACUACACCAGACAUUUCUGCAUCCUUCUUCUACUGUUAUUAAAAUAGCUGUCAGGUGGCCUGCAGCCUCUGUAAAGGGCCUGAACUCAUUAAAAUGAGGCCCUGGUAGAAUAAUGAUAAAAACACACUACACACUAGAUUUCAAGAUCCGAUAGAUACAUUAACUAUUUUAUUUUUGAUCAGUCAGCUAUAGUCAAAUAAUUGAAAACCAUAGCUUGGCCAACAGACAGCUGUCGUUCAUGAAACAAGUAGAUUUUAAUGUCUUAAUUUAAAUAAUCUUAAUCAAAUAAAAGAGUCAUAAACAACAAAAGUGAUAUGAAUGGUUAUCUAUACAGUAAACGGUUGGAAUGGCAAGAUAACUUAUUAGGAUAAGAAAAAGCAGAUAUUGACAGUAAUUACAUGGCAAUCAUAUGAUGUUACAGUACAAUAAUCUGACUAAAAGAAGAAUAUGAAACGCCUCCUAAAGAUUUACUUCUGAUGUAAACCUUACCGGUUUUAUCAAGAGUAGCGAGGUAGAGAAGGUGACUCAAACUGAGACGGAAGUCUGUCAGGGCGGCAUAUCAUCUCAGAUCAAAAUAUCUGUAUUUGGCAUUGAGGAUUAUUGUUUUGCCCAAGUUAGGACAAAGCAUAUUGCCUGGUUUUUGUUCAGUCACUACCCCCUUUUAAAAGUAAUAUUAGCUACCACAGUUACACAAAGCAAACAGUAGCCUAAAUGGUCAAAAGGCUGCAUGCUGAUCUUAUCGUAAACUUCAUGUAGUUUUCAACAGCUAUAACCAAAUUAUUCGACAAGUAUCAAUGCCAAAGAAAAAUGAAAAUAUAGGUCAAUAAUUUCAUUUUCAACUUUCUUGAGAAAAGAGGAAAUUAUAAACAAUUAUAAACUCCCAUCAGUCCUGAAAAGCCAGAAAAUUAAGAAAAUUAUGAGUCAUUGAAUAAGGAUAGGAAGGAUUAAUAACUGAAUGUUAAAAGGGCCAAGUGAUUUGCAAGUAGAACCACUAAUUAAGCAGACUUGUACUGCAAAAGUAAAAUAUGUGUAAUUAAAGACCACAUUUCCAUAAUGUCCAUGCACACAUUCAGAUGAGUUAAAUCUGCAUUUUUCUGUAUGCUAAUGUGAGAAAUGCAAACUGAGUAUAGUUUCAGACUGACACAGCCACACCUUUCUGAAAGGUAAUACGGGCUCAUGGUUGGGCUGAUAAGGUUACAUCCUUCCAUUGUAUUUAGAGCGGGAAGUGAAAUGGUGCAAAUCAAUAUAUCAAACCCAGCGAUCACAGUUUAUCCUCUUCUCCAAACCUAAUAGAUGCGAUAGAUUUUGUGAUUAAUUUCUGAACAGAAACCCACCCAUGCAGUCAUCUUUAUUGUAGUUUGACUGCAGAGUUUCUUAAAGUUAAAAUUGCUUCUUAAAUUAUAAUCCUCCUCUCUGAUUUAUUGUCCGUGUUGUCUACAUAAUAGCGUGACAGACAGUUUGCACAAUCUUUCCUCGAAUGCAUUUUGAAAUGUUUGGCAGUGGGUUUUUCCAUGUUUUAUUAGUCACUUCUUCUUGACACAUUUAACGCAGAGAACUCCUUUUCCAAAGAAGAUCCUGGUUGAAAAAAAGGCAAGAAUAAAAUGAAACAAAAAAGCAAAAGUCAGGGAGAUUAGUCAGAAUAUCCGUCAGUAUUUGAGUUAAGGCAGAGAAACAACAUUAUGAGUCUCACUGUGAGUCUUUUUAGUUGGUGUCAAAAAUGGCUUCCUGAAAACAACUUUUGAACCUCCAUCUUCUGAGUCUGUCCUCUCUAAGCAAAAGGAAGUAUUUUGUUGAGCCAUCUCCUGAAACAUGGGGACACUGGUUAACUACAAUUGUACAAUAUUAAUAUCUUUUGCUGCAACCAACCACACCUUGAAUGAGGGGGCCCUGGACUUGUCAGUGUUGCCAAAUUAUGGUGUGGUAGAAAGUUCAUUUUUACCUUGUUGUCUUAUUUUCAGUCAUAGUCCUCUUUAGUUCUCUCAGUGGUGUCAUACAUUUCUCUUUCUGUUUAAAAUUGUGAAAAAGAAAGCUUCACAUUGAACUCCUCAACUCUGACACUGUUCUUAGCUUGAAGGAAGAAAUCCUCUCAGGCCAAACCCUGAACCCCCAAGGCAUCCCCCUCUGAUGGGCUCUGGAGAGGCCUGAAUUAUUGAUGCUCUGAUGCUGUGAGGUGUUGAUGAGCUUUCAAAUGGAAGAAGAAAGAAACGAAUAAAUCAGUGACCUUAAAGUUGAAUUUAACACCAGGGAGUUGUUUAAAUAUUUUAGGACAGGAGACGACUUAGUUAAAGUGGAGUUUGAGAUGUACAGUAAGAGCUUCUUAACAUCAUACAAACAAGUUUAUCUUGAUAAAAUAAAACACCAAAGACAAACUUUUGAAUGUUGGCAGCUGAAAGAAAUUAAUACAGCACUACCCAUGACCCAUGACAUGUAAAAUGACGCUGAAUUAACCAGACAAAUUGUGUCAAACCUUACAAGGUCAUGAGGUUAUCAGCACCUCAGAAUCAGACUGCCUUCAUGAAACAAUGAAACCUGAUUUUCCAAGUGUGUGAAAAUAAGAGAUUUUAUUUUCAGGUCAUAUUUACCAGCCUGAACAAUAUUAUCUGCUUUAAAACCAGGAAUAAAAUCUUCAAAAGUUAGUCAUUAAUUUUUAAGUGAUAGUUCAAACUGAUGCAUACAGCAGAUUAAGUCUACAGGUGCUUCCAGGAAGCUGCAGACGUCAGACGACGGCUCCCUGUGAGUUUCAUGUAGUCUUAACUCUUAAUGUUCGCAUGUGUUCAAGCUGCUGUGUACUUCUGCAAUUAACUUUAAAUACUUUAAAUUCAGAGAAUCAAACCAAAGAAAGCCUCUUCCCCUUUCUUUUUAAUGUUGAUCAAUCUUGAAGUUAUUUAACAGCGCUGUAGAGUUUCAAAGUAGAGUGAUGGAAAAUCAGUUUUAACUAUUGACGUCCUAAAUACAAAGAUAUCCCACCAACUGUAGAAGAGGAAUAAAACCAGAAAAAUCUCAUUUUAGAUUCAUAAUUCAGAGAAAAUGACUCAAAAUAAAAAAUCAGUUUAUCAAAUUAAUUAGUGGUUAGCAACACCUCAUGGACUUAAAGAUGGGUCUCUAAACAAAACCUGCUCACAACACCAUUCAAGUAAAACAUGUGCAUCAGUCCAGAGAUUACGCCUUUUAUUUCCACUGUCGAUUUCUGGGCCAACUAAACUGAAAAACAUACAGAUGAGAAGUGGAACCUGUGCAGCAGCGGUUUCAUCUUAUUUCCAGAAAAUUGCGUUUGAUUGCACUUGAUUUGUCUGUUUGAAAUGUAUUUAUCUGAAUGUGCGGCCUGUCACAUUUCACUUACUACUAACUGUCAAUCCUCCCUGAACGGUUACCUCUCUUUUUUUUCCUUCACCGCUCUCUCUGAGUUUAAAAACACUUCAUACAACCUUUUCAACAUGUGACCCUCAAAGGCCAAGCAUAUGAGCGUCCUGCUGUAAUUAAGGUUUUUGCCUUUUUUAUCCUGUUAUUUUAGGGGGAAUAAAGGAGUAAUAGUUUGUAAUAUCUCUCUGGAUAAAAAGCUGGACUGUUCUUUAUCAGCAUUAAAAGCCUUUCCUCAUAUUCGUGACAAAAUAUUAGUAAAAUAUUCAAUACAAGUUCAAAGUAUUGACCCUGAAUACAACAUGUGAUCGAGUUCGUAAUUUCUGCUGUUUCUAUUUUGCGAUCACUCAGAGUAGAAACCUCAGAAAUGAACUCUGUCAGGACAUUAAUCAUUACAGAGCUACCCCACAGUCUUUGCCCUGAAGCAGACUCAUUCAUACUGAUUGGUAGGCAUGUAAACACAGAUUUUUUUCCCUCUUUUAUCAGAUGGACUGCUCUCUGAAGCCCAGUCAGCGCACUGAUAUGCCGGGAAGGAGGAACAAGGGGAAGAGAGGACCGGAGCAGAACGGCGGAGGUCCGCUGUCGGAGCCGGAGGAAGGCGCCCCGCACAGCCACUCCAGCAGCUGCAGGAACAAGAGCAGUAACAAACGGAGGAGGAUAGAGGUAAACUCAGGGCUCUGUGGAGCUCUGAUGUUGUGGUGGGUUCAUCUUGUCAUGUGAGAUGUUCAGCUAAUUGUUCAUCAAAUAGAGGUGUUUGCAUUUCAGUAACGCUGCUCACCUGUGCAUCCUGCCUUCAGUAAUGACCUUGUAAAACUGGUUCAAAACACACAUAAUCAUGUCAGGGUGUUUCUGCAAACCAAGCCAUGCGAGGUGAAUCCGAACAAUCCGGAAAAACCUGAUCAGAUGAAGAAAGUUCACAUUCGAUCGCUCAGCUGGUGUCAGUGAUGAUAUUUGCAUCUCCUCUGUUAUUAGUUUGUCUUCUGGAGCUUAUAUUGUGCAUUGUUCUUUUUUCAGGGACAUCCUUUGGAGACCGGCUACAUUGUAAGUUUUCUCAUAUUGGAGUCAUGAUGAUGUUAACGUCCUGCAACACUGUGCAAUAUGCCUGCAGACGCUUUGAAGCUGUGUGUGUGUGUGUUUUCUGAAAUAUUCUGAUUGAUGAAAAUCUGUUUUCUUCUUUGAUAGUGUGACACUGAGAGUGACACGGGAGACAAGGUGUGUACUUCUGCAGUUUUUUAUCUUAUGGAUAUUGAUUACAUUCAUCUCUUUAAAUGGGCAGUUAAUGCACUACAGAGUUUUCACUGCCGGUUCAGGAACUCCACAAACCUUUACUGGUAUAAAACAUCUGUAUUUCUUAAGUUUUUGGGGUCUUUUUUUUCUUUUUUGGACCUUCACUCAUGAUGCAAUCUGGAUGUGCUGUAAGAAAUUGCUGCUUGCUUUAGGAGAAAUGAAAUCUUUGUCUUCCUCCUCAUCCAGGCUUCUGACAAUGACAUGGACCCAGUUUUCACAGUCAGUACGAGAAAAGGUAUGAGAUACUGUUUUGAUGCUGCCAUUAAUAUUUGAGGAAAAUUAGUCAUCAGUCGCUGGGAACGUCUAUUUUUGGUGUCGUACUUUUUGAAUAAAUGAGAUAUAACAGUUGGGUUCAGUUCAUAACCUGCAGGUAUUUGAGGACCACGACACACUGCAGUCACUGAAACCUUGAAAAAAACAUGAAACCCUAGUUCAGAGUGUUAUCUUAUGAUGCAUUUCUACCAAGGGAAGCGUGUUGACUGUGUUACUGCUGUAGAACGGCUUGGUUUAAGCAGGGCGCCUCGGGUCCAAAAAUUUGUGGGACUCGCCGUUUUUCCCAAAGCUGCGUGCAGAUCCUGGAGAAAAUCUGCAGAACAAUGAUAAGCUACAGGCUGUGUUCGGCUCUGUUUCUGAUGCUCUUACAUCACAGACAUCGAAAACACAGAACAGAUGUGCUUUAGAGCGAUUUAGAGAAUAGACACAGAUGAUCUUUUGGUCCAAACAUGCAGGAGUCACACACGUUUGAUUUAAACCCAGCAUCACUUUCUCUCUGUUCUGUAAUGUUCAGUUGUUUCAAAGCCUGACUGUCGCUCUCCUCUGCAGUCGUGGAGCCUGCUCCUUCAAACAUGGGCACAUCUAUGGGCAAAAACUGCCCCCCUCUGCAGGCCCGUUGUGGCGGCGUCUCGCGGUUGAUGGUGACCCCGAGAGUAUCCGGCCUGGAGCGAAGUCAGGAGAAGAACCUGGAGCCGCAUUUCCCAGAGCCUCUUUCUCUUUCUACCUCUUCUGCCCCUUUCUGUCUGCCUUCCCACUCCCCCGUCACGACCUCAGGCCCCGUACCCCGGCCCAGCCCGUUCAACGGCAAUGGGAGCCGCCACAACGGCAGUCCCCCACUCUCCAAACCCAAACCCUUCCUCACGUUGCCUGGACGACCUCACAUGUACAACAACAGGUGAGUUUGUCAAGACUCCUCUUUCUCAGUCUGUGCUGAAUAAAUGACACGAAGCAUCACCUGUUAUUUCUGUCCUUCCAGGAGCAGCACUCCUGUCAAACCUUCCUCAUCGGCUUCAUCUAUCGCGUCUUCCUCAUCCUCCAUGCGCCCCCCAACUCCCUCCACCAGUGUGUCGCUGCCCUACAUCAGGGGCUCAGGAUCCUCAGGGCCCCUCAGACCCCCAUCCCGAGCCAGCUCUGGGAACUUGUUCACGUCUUCACCCGGCCUGCCUCCUCCUCCUCCUCUUCUGCAGGGUCCUUCACACCCCUCAGCAGCAGGUUUGUUUCUCUCCUGUUGCAGACGGUGGUUGAGGACACAGUGACUAACAUGUGACUAAAAUAAACCCAACACAGACUUCCUCUGGCCAGUGUCUGGUUUUCUGAGUGGGGUUUUGAGGAAGUUGUACGUUGAUGAACUUUGGUUUAAUCAUGUCAGCUCUGCAGAUGCUGCAUUCUCUGUUAAAGCAGAUGCUGCGUGUUUGAUUGUAUUAUAUGAGCUCCUGAGGACCUGAGCAGAAUCUCAAACAGAACCACUAUGAGAUUUGUGUUGAUGAUAAAGUUUGAGAAUUAUCUGCUAUUUGAAAGUCAGAGUUGAACAUAUUCCCACAUGACUCGUGGUGAACCGAGUCACAGCUGUGAUCUGCUGAUUGAUAGAAAAUGCUUAUCAUCAUUUACAAAAACAAUUUCCUGUUUUUGGGAGCAAAAUAGGAGCAUGAGAACGAUUAUUUGUCUAUGUUAGCCCCGCCCCCUGCAUGCUCUAACCCCCAAUUUUCACCGCAUCUGGAACGGCGGCAAUUUCCACCGUCUGCCAAUUCUUACCGGAUCCGUCUGUGAGGCGAAUUUUGUGGCGGAUUUCAGACAGCGGGAAUCGCGAGAACUCACAAGAACCUGCAGAUUCACAUGCAAUCGCGUGAUAAGUUGUCUCUAUAAAGACAGCCACAGAGGCUAACCAUAUAAGCAGUAGAUUGUGUCCUUCCAGAGGAGGAAAUCUACUUCUAGACUUCUAAAUCAGCAUCCCCUCAUCCACGGUGUCAUCGGGAUGAAAUGCUGUCUAAAAACCUUUCACUUGUUCGUCUCCGCCUGUUUGCAUGGUGUGAAAUACGAUCCUCCUGGAACACAAAGUGUUUUAUUUUGAAAAGUAGUCAGAUGUUUUAUUUUGUGUCUGUGCCCGACUCCCUUUCCAGCACGGGUUAAUCUGUGCUGAAUUUGUCUGGCUCCGGCAUCUGGAAAAAAUAGAACUCUUGUGAUCAGCUGCGAAAUUGAAAGAGGCCGGUGAAAAUUGACACAUUUACUUGAAUGGAAAUGAUCAGCUACAGUUGGCGGAUACGGCCUUUUCUCAGCCGUUCCGGAUGCGGUGGAAAUUGGGGGUAACCGUGUGAUUGAGUUAGCGGCUCAGAUUUCAGGGGUCAUAAGAGGGGUGAUAGUCACCACACCGUUACAGGUUUGUAUGGAAAUCACUGGAAAGCUGCUUUUUAAAAAAUACCUGAUUAUCUUACUUUAAAACUUUCCUCUCUUGAAAAAGAAAUGCUGCAUCAAAACUAAAACUCCUUCUUCUUGAAUUCACCAGAGCGAGAGGGGAGACGCAGCGUCACCGGGGCUGAAAACAACACAUCAGCUGCAGGCCACUCCACACCCGGUGGUCCAUCAGCAUCCAGCUCCACAGCGGGUUCCUCAGGCCGGACGUCUCAGAACCAGCCGAGCAUCCCGCCGCUGGCCUUCCAGUUUCAUCAGCACAACCACCAGCACCAACACACGCACACGCACCAACACUUCACGCCCUUCCUGCACCCCACGGCCACCGCACCGCCUCUGGUGAGAUCCUCCCCGCUGUUAUUACUGAACAUCUGUGUCGUACUUGAAAUUCCUGUGUGGCUGGAAUGUGGACUGUGUUCAGUUUGGUGUUGUUGCGUGAUGUUUGAACCCACACUCUGCUUUUGUGUUUCAGUUUGAUAAGUAUCCAGGCAAAAUGGAUGGGCUGUAUCGGCACUCUGUGAGUACUGCUGUUAUCUUACUGAUUAAAGAGUCAAACAACAAGACUGUGAACACUAAACAGUUAAAACUCUUUUACCCAAAUUUGAAAUGUGGAUCACUUUGUUCAGGUCUUCUGUAGUAACUGAGAUAAUAAGGUGUGCGUGUCCUCUUAGUUCUUCCCACAGUACCCUCCGCCCUCAGUGCCGAGUAUCCAGCCUGUGAUUCCUCCCACUGGGCCUUUCAGCUCCUUGCAAGGAGCAUUUCAGCCAAAGGUGAGAAACGCUCUCCUUACAUGCUCGUACUAAUUACUUCUUGGUGUCCACAAGACCUCAGGAGGGCAUCUCACAUCACCUGGUGCAAUUUUUGCCUGAGUGACUUUUCAUUUCAGCACUCGCACCGAGCGCCGACGAGCGAGAUGUGAAGUGUUUGAUAACAAUUAGGAUUAAUGAGGAAGUGUCAACAAACACUUGAGCUCUCACAGCAGGGGAGCAGCGGGCCCUCAUGAGGAUUUAACCCAAACCUGACUCGGAUCCUGCAUACACCUGGCUUUAAAAUGCAUACUUCCUAACUUUUAAUCAAGCAUUAGGGUAUUAAUUGUUUAGAGCGUACUUGGAGAGUAUGCAGUGUGCGUACCAGAAACAUCAGCCUCUUCUGAGUGAGUGUUUUCUGACACUGAAAAAUGCUGACACCCGACCAUGUGGACAUACUCAUUUUAUCAAUCUCCAAAAAUCGAUCACAGAGAAUUUUAUGAAUGAGAGGCCGGCAACUUUAAACAGUAAAGUACAAACAGCCUCUAAGACUCAAACUCAGCGCUGAGCUGAUUUACGACACAUUUGAUCACAGAAUAUCUCUCAGAGUACAAACUCCAUCAUGUGUCAAAUAUGUAACACAGAAACACGCUGUCAUUUCCCCGCCUGAUGUUUGUCGCAGUUUUGAGCCAUUUUGAUUACUUUGAUGAGGAAAAUAGUUGUUGAAUAAGUUAAUGGAUCAAGUAGAAAACAGGGAGAAAGAGGUGGGGGUGACAUUCAACAGAAUUCAAAUUUAACUUUAUCAGUGUGGCACUUUUUAGACCAAAAGAUGUAGUUUGAAGUGCCUCACAGAGGCUAAAAACAACAAUAAAACAACGAUAAAACCCGACCGCACACAGAGUGAGAAUUUAAGAUAUAUUGUUUAAAAGACAUGGCCUGAAACUGAGACAUUACGUGAGGAAAGAGCUACUUUAGGUAAAACACUGGAGAUAAAAAUAAAAAUGGUAAAAAGAAAGAGUAAAACCUGAUGAACUGAAACAAGAAAAUAAUAUUAAAUGAACAGAUAAGAGCUCUUUACCAUAUUGGAGGGGUAAAAGAAAUAAAAACCUCUAUGACAGGAAUUAAAAAAAAGACUAAGAACAGAGAUAAUUAAUAAAAUGACAUAGAAAAAAAACAGACUGAUGUAAUAGCCGUGCAUGCCGCCCUUUGACCCCUCGGUGGAAGUGGCUUAUGAUGUAAAAACCCAAAGCCAGAUUCCAUUAAGCCCUUUUCACAAUAACAUCAUGCUGCAGUAUUGUGUUGAGGUUUAGGCGUCUCAGGUGUGAGGCUGAUUCAAAACUCUUUUCACGAAACAUUAAAGACGUGUAAGCAGCAGCUGUUGAUGCUGGACGUCGAGUUUCUCACCCCGAUCAUGAUGUCAUGACAAUCCGAUUCAACACGACGGAACUCAACGGGAUUCAGUGAGGUUCGGUGUAAUAGAAAGGUGUUCUGCAGCUGACUGAGUCUGACUAUUAAUGGUUUAAAAUGUAUUGUGCAGUGUCACAAACUACCUGCUUUACACCCCGGCAGGCUCAGCUGUGAGCAGCAGAGAGAAAUUUCUAAUUUAAGAAAAAUCAGUGCAUGUAGGUAGAAUUUAAAAAAAGUGCAUCAUUCUUACACAGCUGUCCCACUAAUGCACCUGCACAGUUCCUGCAUGUGUCUGUGUGUAAAGGGAUCGGUCAAUCCUCCCGUCCCUUAAACCUGCGCUCUCAGACACAGACGUCCCGCUCUCUCAGCUCUGAUGCUGAUUCUGUUACGCCCUCUCACUGACUCUGUGCUCUCUGCAUGACGAAUGAAGAGUAAUAGAAGCGUAAUAAUAACCUUGUCUUCUUUUCUGAUCCCUGAAAUGCAUUUUAAAACCAACUGUAAACAAGGUUAAGUGACUUCAGAACAUGUUGUGCUCUUUUAGAAUCCGUAUUGAUUGCAUUUGAAAAAUUUUGAGCUAAAACAGACAGGAAAGUGUCAGUUGUUGACCUGUGAUUCACUUGGAUGUGUCUGAUAUUCUGCUCUGUGUGUGUGACAGCCUCUUGUCCCUCAGGGAACGGGUCCUGACAUAACUGCACGACUUGGGGUUGUCCCUCACCACCUGCAGCCCAAAGACCCCAGGGUGAGUUCAUCACGUUUACUCAGAGCCGUACGUUUGCAUCAUUACUCUUGAGAUGAUGUCCUUCUGUUUGCGUAGAGCAGUUUAAAGUUAGGAUGUGCUGCAACGUGGGGCUAGUCAGUGCAGUAAAGAGUGCAAAAGUAUUCCUCCUACAGAGUGAGACAUGUUGAUUAAAAGUGGUUUCACACUUCUGUUCUCUUGUAGCUAACUGAUCCAUUUGGGACAUCGUUGAAAGUCAGUAAUGUAAGCAAAAACAGCUGUUCUUGAAUCCCUUGGCUCCUCAAACCCUUCAGCCUUUUUUUUACCUUCUCACUUUUUCAAUCACUCUCUGCACUAAUCUCACUUGUAAUCCUGACUGCUGCUGGUCUUCUCUCUGCCCUUGCACACCCAGUUAGAUAUUUCAGACCAAGAAAUUAGCCCAACAUGAGAGACAAUAUGUAGCUUUUAUUUCCCUCCUUCUAUUUUGUUUCUCGUAUCUCUGCUUGUAAAAGUUUCACAUUUUGUUUAAGAUGCCAAACUCACGCCAAGCUCCGGCAGGUAACUUUACUUCCAGCUGGAAAUCUGGAAUCUUGUGUGAAGUCUAGAGCAGAUAUCUCUGUACUGGAGAAGAACAUCUGACUCUGUGUGCAAAGGCUUUAAAGUUUGACAUGCAAGAUUAAUGGAGUAACUCACGAAACCCCUGUGAUCUUUUCCCCUGCAGAAACCAGGAAAAUGGUGCGCUAUGCAUGUAUAUUUGGCCUGGAUGAUUCUAAGCCAUCAGAAAAAAGUCAAGGUACGUAUUUCUUCUUGUAAUGAAUCAAAUCAAAUUCAUGAACAAGAUGAUUGGUCAGGAGACAGAGAGGUUUGUUACCUGGAUGUCCAAUAACUGGCUCCGUUCCUGUCUUCCAGCUGAUGCAGGCUGAUCCUCACAAGUUGGACUUCCGUAGUGACCUGCUGUCUCGUUUUCCUGGAGCUGGGGGUCUGGGUCCACUGGGGCCUCUUCCUCCUACUCACGAUCUGACCAGACCUCCCAGUCUGUUCUCAGCAGCAGGUGUUUUUUAUUUCCCUUGUGUGUUUUAUUUUUUUCCAACUCAGUACCAGCAGAGUGCUCUCUGAUUCUGCAUAUAAACGUGUGGAUCUACAACCCCAAAUCCAUGAGAGUGAGGAUACCGUGUCAAAUGUUGAAGAAACUAGAGUUUGGUUUGCAAAUCAUUUAAACUCAGAGACAAAAUCUGAUGUUGAAACCGAAUUAUUGUAUUGAAUAUUUAAUAAUUUAAUCAUUUUUAAAACAGUCAGGAUAGGAACAACAAAACAUAGAGAAGUGUUGAGCUAAAAAACACCUGAAGAAGUAUCUCCUAACUCAUGAGGUUAAUUUGCAACAGGGUAGUAGUAGGGGUCGAUAUAAAAAAGGUUUUCCAGAGAGGCUGAGUCUCCCAGAGGUUAAUGAGAAGAGUUUAACAGAUUUAUAUUUAAAAUUUUAGAUAUUGAUUCAUUUUACUCAAAGAUCGAUCUUUUAUCAUAGAAAUAAAAUCGAUUCAGGAGAUCAGUGACCCCACUUUUCGUCAUCUACAGCACAUAAAAUAGUUAAAGUUCCAGGGAAGGACAAUACUUUUAACAGAUACUAGAUGGUCUUUAUCUUCAGGCCCUCAGACAGCACUCCGUUAAAACAGACAUGAAUCUGUAGUGUAAGUCACCGCGUAGGUUUAAAGUCGCAUCCACAACAUCUCUUAACGGUCUGCUGCUGCAUCUACAGAUGCAGGUGAAAACUGUUAAAGACGGGCUGAAGUGAAGGGAAAACUGUCCUGAUGUCAGAAUUAAAGAUUGUUUAGGGGAAUCACGGACGCUGCUCCGUAAAGAGGUUUUUGAGCGACAUCUGCUGCCAUCCAGAGAACAUCUUUUCAGGGAAGAGCUCCAUAGUUCAGCGAGACAGCUACGACUUAACGAUCUUUCAUAUAGAGUAGUUUUUGACCCGUCUUGUCCUCACGUAGCGCCGGUUUGACAGCAUUUCCGUCUUCACUUACAAGAUAAAGUGUGGCGGCAGCUCCAUGCAUUUGAUUUGAGCACUUAUGACAUUUUCCUUUUAUUUAAUUAUUAAACUACUACUCUUCUCCCUCAGGGCCUGUCAAUCCGUCCUCGGCUCCCUUCAUCUCUCCAUCAACGCCCCACUCCUCCUUCCUCCCACCAACUGCACAUUUGGGUAAGAGCUGCUUUGAAAAGGCCCAUCUGUACACCGCUCAUGCACCACAACCAGAGAGUGUCACUGUGGUCCUGGUUUUACUCAAACCUCCUUCACUGAUAAAUACUUACACUAGAGUUAUGACUUAGACAACCUCUUCAUAAAGUGGUUUUUUCUAUGUUUUCUGGAUCUGGUCUGUGUGUAAAAAUGUUGUUUUAUUAAUUUCUUUCUGAUGUUUAUCCGUUUUUUUGUGUUUUUAGAUCCGUAUGGACGAUCCCCACCCUUCACCCCACUUGGAGCUCUUGGUUCUGGUGCCUUUGGAGGACUUGGCAGCCCAACACUGGGUCAGUCUUCCAGUAUAUUGAAUAUCUACACAUCACCACCUUUUUGUCCCCAUUUCGCCUCUGUUACUACUCCUGAGGGAGGAUCAGAGUCAGCCCGGGCCUUUGCUCGUCACAUUUGUGCAGGCUUCAAUUUCCCACCUUGAAACUGCUAUUAUUGAAAAGCCUUUUACCGCGUGUUGCACUUUACGAGUGAAGCUUUGCCAAAACUUCUAGUAGCUCGGACUGUCAUCGUCCCCUCAAAACUUGGUUAACAGACUACGUCACAAAUAACCUAAUGAAGUAGAUCAAUAUGACUUCUGUGGGCUGCUGGAUUCUCACUGAGGUUUGAACCUGAAAGAUUUAUGUUGUUGUCAGGAACUUAAAAAAGGAGCUGAUCCAGACAUGGCCUACUUCAGAAAAAUACAACAGGUUUCAAAAUCAAAAUCUAUUCAUCAAAUCCAAAAAUAAACCGAUGAGGUUCAAACUACGAAGAUCAUGACUGUUUACAGCUUUGAAACCUCGGUGUCACUGUUGCGUUUUCUAAACUUCAGUGGAAAAAUCUCUUUAAAUGUGUUUGAUCGAACACGACACCAUUUUGCCAGAUAAUUUCCUGCUACAUAAAACAAGCUAAUGUCCAGAAUCCGACUUUUCUGUUUCCUGCGUUCACAUCGUCAUCACCUCCCUGACUCUACGCUUCAAAUCUUUUUCUGAUAGAAGGCCAGAACAAACUGAACCUGUUGGAGGACUGUUUUUUUAACCUCACUUCUAUCUCUCAGAUCUAAGUUUAAAGUGUGAAAAAGGCCUCCAGUUGACGGUGAUGUUCUCUCAAGUGCAGCUGCUAAAUCUGUACUUUUUUUUGACCCUCAGAGCUGUUGUGGUCACGCUCAAGAGCGAGAAGCUAUUUCAGCUUUGAUUUCUAGUCCCCGCCGUUUCCUGUUCUGCAUACAAGCUACGAUAUACACCAGAUUAUUGCAACCUUAAUAUGGGUGCAAACUAAGGUUGUUGUUAGUGCGCUCAAAAGGUUCUUGGUGCAUCCAGGGAUGUGCUGGUUCCCCAUCAUUUAAGAAGGGAACAGUGAACAAGGAGAGAUGAAUAGGGAACCAAUAAAUCAAUAUUCAGUCGGCGUAUGAGCACUGAACUCAGACAUAGGACUGAAGGCUUUGUAAUUAGACUUGUAAUAGACUAAAACACAGUUUGAAUCAAAUGAAAAGUCCCCUUUCUAACUUAAUAAGGAAAUGUGGGUUUAAAAAAAGACUAUUUGUCCUCUUGCUGUCGGUUUUCAUUUUUAAAUAUCUCUCUAUCUCGCCGUUAAAGAAAAAUAACAAAGAGCUUGUUGUGUUUUGUUGAUUCGCUCUUAUUCGAGCUUAAAUCACCGAUCAGCUCCAUUCAAACCAAAGCCAUGCAGCAGUUAAUGCUCAUGUGAUGCUUUCACAACUUACAACUAAGACAAGAUAAAACAUUUGUCUUUUUUUUUUUAAACCAGAUAUUGUGAAUAUUUCGAAGAAACACUUCAUAUGAAGCGAAAACAUGAUCUGAACUACCGCUCUCUGUAUUUUUACAGCUGCUCUCUAAGUGUGCAGUGGGUUUUCAAACUAGCUUGGAGCAGUAGUUCACAGUGAGCAAUAGUGAGUUGAGUAUUUUAUUUUUAUGUAUUUUACCAGGAUCAUUCCCAGUGAGAGAGAAAAUCUCUCCUGCGAGUGAGUCCUGGCUGAGGCAGCCGCUUAAAAAGUUCCACACAAAAUCACAGGCGAUAAGCAGCAGCCAUCACAUCGAUCAGUAGAUAAUCAGCUGUACAACAUGUUCAUACACUGGUCAGGUGGUCUGUAAUCUACCUCUAUCUGAACCGAUAAAAUACAUGUUUUAUCAGGGGUAUUCAUGCCACAGAGUAGUCACAGGAUAAUGUUAGACUUUUAUGAAAUCACAGCUUCAUCUCUCCUGAAUGAUGGUUGACAUUUAAGUCUUCUCACUCGGCUGUAUUAUAGCAGAUCCGCUCCAGUGGGUGGUUAGUAAGGAGCUGAGAUCUACUUCUGAUAAGGCUGCAGUCGUAAAUGCAUUUCAGAGCUUUGAAACAGCCUCUAAUGCUUCCCUCAUCCUGUUUUUACUACCACCAGUGCAGCUCUGAUCCAGGCCUGGGUAUCGAUCCGGUUCAUUUUUUUAAGAACUCACUGCUGAGAAUGAAAACCUUUUUUUUUUUUCCUCCAAGCAAAGCAAGUGUUUCAGAUGUUGAACAUUUUCUUACACAAACCCUGUCGGAGACGCUCACCUAAAUAUACUCCGUGUGAAAAUACUCCACUGUCUUGUUAUCGUCGAAGUUCACAAUCAGAAUAACUUGUAAGGGAUUGAGCAGAACACCUGUUAGUUUUUUAAUUUAUUUGUCAAUUAGGGGUGUGUGAUAUAUCCUGUAUUAGAUAUUGUUUAGUUUCUGUUUUAAUGAGGUGCAAAAUGACUAUAUCGAGUAUGUCUCUUAUUUUGCAGAAAACAAUCAGAACGCCCUGAAAAUCCACCUUCAUUCACUAAAUAUGAUCAGUCAUAUUAAAUCAGUCGAAUCUUUUAUUUAAAACUGUUUUUUAAACUUGUUCCAUUUCGUCUCCGGUUAUUUUGUCAUGUCUGAACACUCCCAGAGUGUACGAUCGUGGUUCACUCCCACACCCCUACUCUCAAUGUUUUUAAUCAAUAUCACUCACCCCUAAUCUCAGUUUCGGCCAUUUUUGCCAUCUGUCGGUGCUUCACUCCUCUAAGACUUCUCUUCUCUGAUUUAAAGCUACUACAAGCACAGCUACACGUCAGCCGUCACUGCCGCAGACGUGCUGUUUGUGGCUGUUUUGGGUUUACUGAUACACACAAGCGCAGACCAUGAUUGAAUCCAUUAAUAUGAUAGAUGUGAUGGCUGGGAGCGCUUCAAACAAAUAACCAACAUGAAAGCGAGUAGUUAACAUUCCUGUUUAAUGAAAACACGACUGGUUUAUUUGGAGGUUGUCCCAGUGUUAGGCUGUGUUGAAACAGAAACAAGCCGGGACUAGCAGUGUGCUAUAGUCCUCAGUGUUCAAGCAUAUUAGUUAUAGGGUUACAGAGGGUGAAGCAAGGACAGAGAAGCUGUGAUCAAAGCUGCCAUUGUAUAGAAUGUGAUAGGAUUUAUACAAGGAAAUAGUUUCUGCUCAAACCAUCAGGUGAUCCAGAGGGAAAAUUGGAAUUCCUUUUCUUCAAUCUUCUGCGCCGACUUUUUAACAUUUAUCAGAUAAAUUAAAACUGAUCAUGAAUCCUAUUUAUGAUGUAGAAAAACAAGACCAUCUGGGACUAUAUUGACCUUUUUUUAUAGUGUAAUUUUUUUUGUCUGUCCAUUUGCUUAAGUUCUGUAUAUUUUUUCCCCACAGCGGGCUCUGUGUUCGGCCCUAAAGAUUCAUCAGCCAGUGUCGUCGGAGGCCUACCGACCCCCAACCAUCACGACCCCUGGAACCGCCUACACGGUGGCCCAUCCAGCUUCCCCGCGGGUCCCAGCUGGGCUAAAGGCGCAGACAAGAGGGACGAGAGGGACCGGGGGAAGGAUGGAGAGAGGAGAGAGAUUCCCCACAUCAAGGAUGAAAAGGACAGGUGUGAAAUUCAGCUGAUUUGUUUUGACAUCAGUUUGGGGGGGAAUCAGAUACUGAGUCAGAUAGCAAGCUUGUGGAGUCACAGUGGACAGACAUUUUUGCUUUUAUCAGGAAAAAAAUCAAAGCCGAUUUCAUACAUGCAUAAAACUUUCAAAAGGUUCCGGGGCAAGCGGCAUGUGUGCAAACAAACUGCAGAAAUUUUCAUCCCAACUGUUUUGUGGGUUUUACCAACCCUACAAGUGAAAUUUAUGCAAGAAUAUGGGGUGAGUCAGCAUCGGAACGGAGCAGGAAAUGUAAGGAAAAAUUGAUCAUGAGGCAGCGGGUGAAGGGUGGCUUCAGUUGAGUAAUGGUUGCGAAACUGUAAGAGGGACAUGUGACAAAAUAAAAAAAAAUAUCUGAGGUUCAAGAAGGAGGUUGAUUUUCAAGAAAUGUAAAGCAACUUCAAAUAUUUGAGGAACAAAAACUGAAAAUUUCACGAUGACUCAAGGAAAAGUCUAUUUAUUUUUGUCAACUUCAGGUCAGAUUAGAACAGUCAUGAUAUCACACUCUGACUGUACGAUUAUUGGCCAUAAAAACUCAAAAAUGAUAUUUGGAUAUAUUUGUGGAAAGCCAGAAAAAACAGCAACUCAGUAAAUCAAAUUAAGGCAAAGACAGAAUAUUACUUCAUAAACUUCACUAACAAACACACCUGGAUGAAUAAGAUCCUACAGACAUCUCAACUAACAGACAUCUAUCCGGCCAACUUACGUCUUCAUCCAGUUCUAAAGAUUUUCAAAUUAAUGUUCAAUUAGUGUCUGCAGCCCUGUGAUAGAAACGUCUUUAGUGACAUAAAAAUACUGUUUAUGAUGCUUUUAUUUUGGUAUUUUUACUCUCUAAAAUGUAGGAUGCCUUAUUUCUUCUAUUGUGAAAAUGUGCUUUUAUUUUGAAAUUAAGUCUAUGCUCCUUCUAGUAGAUAGCAAGUUAUGAAACUGAAAUAAAACAGACCCGCUAAAAGUAUAAAAUCUUCACUUUUGGAUAAACAUGAAAUUAAUUUUUAAAAUGUCUGAUCAUCUUCUGAAGGGAUGCUACAGCUAGCUAGUUAGCAGCUGCUGCUUCUCCUUCCCCUUGUUUCACAGCAGGUGGAAACCAGCAUUAAAAAAACCACUAUACACUCCACAAUGGACCAGCUAGUUUCUGUGUACAUACGCUUGUGUAAAUCAGUCUUUCAUAUUUCUAAAUUAACCCCUUCAUCGUCAAUACCAGCAUAUAGUGAGAGGUCGAGGUCAGAUGCUGUUGUGUUUGGCGCUACUGAAUGCUUACAUGUCGCCUCCUUCUGGUCCUACAUGGUUCUGUUUCUGUCCUUUCUUGGCGAUGGAGAAAUAUCCAAAAACAAAUGAAGUAUCUGCACAUGUGGACGUAGCCUCAUCUUUUAUGUACUUUACGUGAAUUCGUGGUUUCUGCACAUUUACCAUUAAGAUACUAAAGAGAGGUUGAUGUCGGGAACAUCAGUAUGACUUCCAUUAUGUAUCUGUUGUGUAUAGUGACAUUUUGUAUGAGUAUCUUCUGUUAUCUAACUGCGGAUGUGCUUUCACAGAGAUAAUAUGCUGUAUGGCCGACCACCUGUGAGAAUGUCUCCGGUCGCCCCCUCCUUCAAGCCCCGCAGUAGCACCCCAGUGUCUCACAUUAAUGGCCACAGCAGCUCCCUGGGAGGGAGCAGUGGACCCAUCGAGGACCUGACCCGCAGCCUGAACAGAGACAGAGACCGCGAGCGAGACAGAGAUGGAGAGAAGAGGCUACCACCGACGGUGUCUUCGCGGGGUCUUCCUCUCAGCUCUUCAUCUUUAGUAGCAGACAGGGACAGACCCCGGUCUUCCUCAUCUUCUGUGCUCACCACUCCCCCACCCUCCAACCGCUCCGCUCCAUCUCCCUUGGACCUUUACCCCCGCUCACUCGCCCCGACGGCACACAACCACCAUAAUGAUUCAUCCCACUCGCAAAGAGACGGCAGCCUCCCUUCUUCCUCAGCAGCUUCUGCCUCCAUCACUUCUUUGUCUCAGGCCAAGAAGUCUGACCGGACUACAACACCCGUCUCCAAACCUCCCCUGCUCCUCCCGCCUGUUAAAGUCAAAGAGGAGCGGAAAGAGGAGCCAGAGCACAUCCCCAUCACCCUGCCUCCCCCGGCUCCCAACCACACUUUCGACCGCCCCAACAGCCACCCUCACCAUCCCACAUCUGGCACCCCUUCCUCUUCCUCUUUAUCAUUGACUCCCACCCCUGGUGUCCCCCUUUUGCAACACACUCCAAAUCCUCCUCAUCAUCAACACCUCUCCCUGCUGGACCGCUCCAGGGCCAUCGAGGCGUAUCUGGGGAGCACAGCAGGUGCUGCAGGGUUGAUGAUGGGUCCAGGAGGAGAACGUUUCCCCCAUGGUCCAGGCCAGGGACCACCACAGGGUCCACAUAGCUACACCUGGGACCCCUGGAGGGAGCUGGCGGCUCAGCAGCAACAUCAACACCGUAGGGAGGCUUUGGCACUUCGUACUGACCCUCACCUUGCCCUGCGGUCUGAUCCACACCUGGCCCGGCUGCUCCAGCAUCAGCGCCUUCUGGAGGCAGAGAGGGUGGCGGCUGUAGCAGCAGCGGCGGCAGCAGCCAACCCUCACCACCCUCCAACAUCUACCUCUACUGCCUCGUCCUCUGCUGUCCGCCAGGACUUUGGUCUAAUGGCUCAUCCCUUUGAACGCCCCCCUCACCUCGGACCCCCGGGAGGAGGGCUGAUUGAUGAGGAGCAGCGUGCCCAGAUCCUGAGGGAAGACUUUGAGCGUGCUCGCUACUUUGGGAUGCACCCACACCUCCCUCCCGGCACCCACCUUGCAAGCCCCUCUCAUGCUGCUACUGCCGCUCACCUGGAGCAGCUCCACCCUGGCUUUCUUUCCCACUCGCUCCAACAUGGAGCUUCCCCCGCCACCCAGCACCACCCUGGCCUCUACGCCCGCCUCGGCCCUCUGAAUCCUCACCAUGUGCCCAACGGCAUCCUGGCAAAGACCCCUUCAGGCUUAGUGGGAGCCCUGUCAGUAGGGGCACCUCCUCCACUCAUUCCGUCCCUCACCAGCCGGUCGUCCACGCCUCCCCGCAGCUCUAGACUUGGAGGGCCGGGUGAGCUGGCUCUGUACAGCGCUCACAAAGACGGUGAGUCCAGAUAGUACAGGGACAACACUGGAGGAGAUGAAGGGAAAUGUCAGGAUCACCGUGCUGCUCUCAACCUGCCCCCUUUUCCUCUUGCAGACUAAUAAACCCUCCCAGUUACACAACCCAAAAUAGGGUGACUAAGACUGGCUGGGGGUGAUGUUGGGGAGGGAAAUGCAAGACUUGGAAUAUGCGCAAUGGUUCUAACAGUGCAAUUUAAAGGUACAUGGUUUCUGUGCAUCCUUGGUGUAUUUUUAUUUUAUACUGGCUGUUUAUUACAGAAGUUGAUUUCUGAAGCUGUAUGAAGAGGCAGAGGACAGCUUAUUUUCAUUUGUCAGGUGAAUUUUGAUCACAAGCCUUUUCCAGGUGGAUUGGAAAUGACUUCCAGAGGGAUGUACACUGUGAAAACAAGUCAAGGGUUCAUCCUGGGAUAUAGUAAAGCCCUAUUCUUCAUAAAUCAAUCCUGAUUAGUUACUGUGGAUGAGGGUGUUAAGAAAACCAGUGGUAAAGUGGUGCUUUCUGUUCCUGUCUUUGUGUCUUUUUGUCAUUGUGAAAGACAAGAUAAUCGAUGAGACCAUUUUAAAGAAGAUUGGUAAGCAUCACACCUCAGUUUCCUGCUUUACCCAAAAAUCUAAAACCCAAACCCGUCGAAGCUUCACUGAUGAUGUGGCUCGUUUUUUUGUUUCAAAUGAUGAAUGGCUAAAUGAACUGUGCUAAACUGUGUGCGGUAACACAGUAUUUUAGAGCUUCCUGUUACUGUUUUCCCAGUCUCCUCUUGACUAUAUAUGUGCAGGACCAGAUUAUAGUAGUCUAGAGAAAUUGCCUUUGUAAUUAUUAUUCUUAACAUUAAUUAUCUUCUAUAAUAAUAAAUAUAUUCACUGUUAUGUUAUUUGUCUUUGUUUCGGGUAUCAACCAAUACUCUCUCCCCAGGUAGUGAUCUGUUUCACAUCAUGCAAAAGCAAAAGGCUUGUCUCACGGAAACUUUUCAGUGCUUGUGAACAUGAAGCCGUAUCCAUUGCAACCUCUGGCCUCUUCAAGGAUCUCAUCUAUGACUGUUUUAUGCUGAGAGAGAAAGAGAGAGAAAGAGAGAGGUUUGCCUGUGUGUCAUUGGUUGUGUGUUAUAUCCAUUUGGGACUUUGGGAGCCUUGUACAUUGAACUGUCAAAAUUGUUUCAUCAACAAAAAUAAGUUAUAUACAUGGAAAAGUGGGACAUCUGCUGAAGAACUGAAAAAAUAUAUGUACUUGUGUCAAAGGACAACUAGACAGUGGGCAUCCUGAGAGGGAAAAGACUGGGUCGAUUAUUUUAAUAUGACCAUUUUAUACCUUUCAAACCCCUCCCCUAGAGACCACAAAGAUUAAUUAUUAAAUGAAUUGUUGUUUACUUUGUUGUGUGGGUCCUUUUUUCUCUGUCUUAUAAUAGUAGCACACUAUCUUUUUGAUUAUUUAUUUGUACCGUUCAAUGGAGAGGUUUCCAAAAAAUUUAAAUCUCUCCUCAACCAAGAGCCAAGGUAGUCAAAUAACUGUUUGCAAACCAGGAAAACAUACUGUUGUAAUGACAUUUAGCAGAUGCUUUUAUCCAAAGUGAUGUACAUUCAAGAGCAAGAAAAACACAAGCCAAGAUCUAGACAAGAAGAAACAAGAUCAGUAAGAGCUUCAAGUCCAUUUGGACACAGGUACUGCCAAGAAGUGUUACAGUCAAUGCACAUGGUGAAUUAUUAUUUUUUUCUGUUGCUAUAAACAUCAACAAUAAAGCAACUAGUCAUCACCACCAUCAAUUAAAUUGACCUCACCACAAUAAUGACCAACGCACCAAAUGCUGGGUUGGUCACAAAAUCCCAUGAGUAGAGCAGAACAGUGAGAGCAAUCUGUAGCUGAAGACUCAAUCUCCCACUGGGGACAACAGUGGAGAAAAUAGUCUAGCUAAGUACAUAAAGUUACAUAGUUUACAAACUGAAAAUUUAAUUCCAUUUAAAAUGUCUUUUAGGAGUUUAUUAAAGCCAAACUCACCUGAGAAAUCCAGAUUAAUGGCCUACAUUUAGAUAUAAACAAAGAGUAAAACCUGAAUGGCUUGUAAUAAGUGGAUAAGUCUGUCCAUGGUGUAAAAUUACUUACUAAACUUAAUGUCUGAGAAAAGCAAUCUCAAAUUUUUUCUUACUCCAUGGACACUCACUGUAUGCUAUUCAGGUCUUAUUUUUGGUUUGUGAUGUCUUAAAAUAAGGUGUAAAUCUAAAUUUGUCAAGUAAAGGCGGCUUAUAUUAAGUCUACUUUCACAAAUCUCUGGAAAUGAGACUAAAACACUAGCAUUUCUACCCUUUAUGUUCAAGAAUUUAGGAUAAAUGUUAAAACACCUGUCAAUGCAGCCCCAUUACAUCCAAAAAUGUAAUAAUUUAUAAAUAGUCAACUCAUUGUUACAUUUCACCAUCAAACACUGAGAUAUAUAACAAUUCUAAACGAUUAUCUGCCUCAUUUUAGUACUUUUAGAUGAUGAAAAACUGUCCUCAUCGCUGUCUAACAAUGUAAUCAGGAAUCGAUUGAAACAAUAGCCUACCAGAAAAUAGUGAAACAUCUAUAUCAGAAUGAAUGUUAAAAACCAACUAGUACUAUAUCUUUAACAAAAGUUGAGUUUUUAUAUACAAUGAGUUAUUCACUAGGUCAAAAAUAUCUGUUAUAGUGCAAAUAUUGACCAGUUUAAUAGGUUAUAUUUUAAAAAACGGGGCUUUAGAAAACAAACUACAAUACUGACUUUAAACAUUUCAAGUGGCGCGCUUCACCACAUCUCGCGAGAUGACAGUGUGUUCUGUACUUUGUCAGCAGCAGCGAUCCUCCACCAUUUCGCUGCGUAAAGUCUCCUCCCCGCGACCGCUACAUUCUGCGCCGAAACCCAGUCUCUCCCGGUCCGUAUUUUAACUUCUUCCCACAGACCAAGUGGUACCUCGUUGGGUACCGGGAGGCAGUUUGGAUUACUGGCAUUACGGAUUGAGUGCGAUUUUACGCGGAUGACGACUCCUUCAACGAGAAUUUAGUAAAAGAAAAUUGGUCGGAAAUUUCAGGUAGGUGGGAACUUAAGAUGGCGGCCUUGAAAGGGAGGGGGGCAAGGAGGAAGUAAUGGGGGAAUUGAAGGGGGGCUCAGACCAACGAAGAGACACAAUCACACAGCUUUUUGCUUGAUAGUCUUUUAUGCCCGUAUUUCGUUAAAAUUGUUUGACAUUGUAACGAACCAAGUCGGAAUGAAGAAAUGAAAAGAAACAACACUGUCAACGUUUAAACGAAACUGCACAUAACCAAAUAGAUCACCCCAGAGCGAUCAUUUCCUUAAUGUCGCUUCUACGGAGCCAGCCGUUGCACAGUGGAGGUCCCCCCAAUUCCCCCGUCUAAUCAUUGCAAAAUUUAUAUGGAACUUUAUAACAUUGUUUUUGGGCUCUUUUUUGUAUUCAAGCAAAAAGUUAGAGGCGAAAGUGCUUAAAAACGAAUAAUUUUUAAUAAUUUAUUUUCUUAGAUACAGAUUUGACCCCACGCAAUGACGUCACGAGUGAUUGUCCCCCUCUGUAGUGCAUGCAGAAGCGGGGUUUAAUGCGACUUUCAGAUGUUUUGUCUCAUUGCGAAGUAACUUAUGAAAAUAGUCGGAUUAAAUGGGCUGCUUUGAAGCUGGAGCAGCAUUACAUAACUGCGGGUGGGAUGGGGCGCCUGCGCAUCAAAUGAACGCACCCUACUAACUCUUCUACCUCGCUAGUUAGCAGGCUUUCCCCUAAGUGCCACCCAAGCAGUGUUUUUGUCAAAGCUAACGUUAGCUCGCUAGCCACUCUGGCUAAAACAGACAGUAUUGGAGGCUGUAACCGGUUAAAAUGUGAGGGCUUUUAAGGAGGAACACGAUGGCGAGCUUGUUGAAAUAUCGCCACAAUUGGACUUGGGAUGAAAAGUCGAUUCAUUUUUGGUGUUUUUACAUUCCGCUCGCAGCACAUGAACACAUAACAGCUGAAUAAAGAUGUUCAUUUGUAAAGCGGGGAUCUACAAACACUUAACUGUUUUAAUUACAGGCACUAAUUCGCACAAUUAACGUCCACACGCGCGUGAAAUGAAUGACUGGAGGCCCGCGCUUGGUCACCGGCUUUUAGCAUGAGAGCGCGUGCUGCAGAAUUCCUAACGUCUUCCUGUGGGCGACUGCAGCAACUUGGAGCUAGCUAACGGAGCUGCUCGUUUACGGACUAUUUUCAUUAGCACUGCAGGUACCCGCACUAAAAACCCCUCAGCCAAAUACAUUAACUAUAGUCCCAACAGUUGUUUCCUCGCCCGGCUGUCUCUGUGUUGCAGUUUUUCUCGUGACGUGACAUGUUACUCACAGUAGAACACACUGUGAUAUUUCUGUUUACCGAUAUCACAUCCAUAACUUCGCAUAAUCCCAUCACUCCUGUUGUUUUAGACGCGCAGCAGCUACCUUUUAAGACACAGAUUUUUUAAGUGUAUGUGCAGUUUCUUGUAGUUUGAACCAUAAAGUUGCCAAUCACUUUAUUUUUGCUUCCUCAGAAUAUGUGGAGGGGAGCCUAAUUUCAGCAUCCUGGAAGUAGAAAGCACAGAAGAUCUGUGUCUCACACCUCAGACAGGUGAGAAGUUCCUGCUGCAAACACACACUGUAACUGUGAAUAUUGUAUCGUGUCCAACAUUUCAUAUAGCUUACCUAAAGACUCAUAAGCCUGAUACAAUAAGUACAUUUAGCCUGAUGCAGAUCUGUCUGGAUGGCAAUCAUACCUGCCAACAUUUGGGUUAUAAAAUCUGGGAGAUUUUUGUGGGGUGUUGGGCAGUUUUUGGGUUACCUUGUAUGGUGGAUAUGAGCUAAUUAUGAGAGUAUUUGUAAUUAGAUUGCUCGCCCAAAUAAGUCUAAGUGAAGCUGCACACUUCAGUAGUCAGUACAAAGAGAUUGCUGAGACUGGCACCAGUAUCUCUGCACACUAGUAUCAUCAGUGUUCUGGUAGAUCACUGAUCUGGUAGACAUACUUAUUUUUUCCUGUGAUAACAAGCAGACAGUAUACUUUUUGUCUUAGGACAUUUUUAUCCAUUUUUUUUAAACUAGUAACUGAAAAUCAAUGAUUUAAACUUCCAAAGACCGAGAUAGGACAGAACGACAAGUAUGCAUCCCUUUUACUGGCCUAAAAUUUUAUUAUUAUAUUAACAGAUAUGGAAAUUCUCCUAGUAUGUACGGCCAAUAAGCUGACAUGUUCAUUUGGUGCAAAUAAUGAGGGAUCACACACACCAACAAAUCGGCUGUAAAGAAGUGUUUUAAGUUUUGGAAACAGACAGAAAAAAGCUAUCUGUAAUGUACUCCGCACUCUUUUAACGCUAUUUAUCAAAUCUAGUAUCUCCCGAACCAUCGUUCUGUAGAGUAACAGGUGAAUCAUGGAACAGGAGGGACCCAGUGUGCUUUACUUUGAAAAAUAGUUGUGUAUGCCAGAGUUCAAAUCAGAUAUCAGCACCUCCUAGGACAGUGAUUCAGAUGGAGAGUCUAGUAUCUUUUUAAAUGAAAAGAAUAAAACAGCUACAACACGAUAACUGUGCACUUCAUCACCAUAACCUGUUUUUGUUAUUCCACACACGUCCCAAUACUUUUCAUGUCCUCAGUCAGAUAAUCGCUUGGUCCAUGCGCGUUGUUAAAAGUCUGUUUCCCCCUCAGGUGCUGUGUGUAGCCGGGGCAGCACAGAGGAAGGAAGCCCUGGGGAGGAGGCGGAGCGGCAGCCUGCCCCUCCGGCUGUGGAUGUGCUGGGUGGCAACCCCCAGGCUGCACAGAAUGUGGCAGGGGAGUCACCUCGGCAUGCCCCGCAGCCGGUUGCAGCUGCCCCCCGCCCGGUCCCUCCAUUCACCAACCCGUCCGCUGUGCCACUGCAGGCGAGCAACAACUCAGCAUUCCCCGGCAUGGAGAACGCACCUCCACCCGCUUGCCCUGAAAGUCUCUCGAUCAUCAGCGUCUGUAAGGAUGGCGUAUCGAACGAAGUCCCCACUGCAGGUGUCAGAGUUUCGAGACCUUUGCCAACAUCCCUCAGCGAGGACUGUAGCUCCUCGGCUGAGAUGCGAAGGCUUCAAACUCCCCUCUGUCCACCUCUCACCUCAGAUACACAGAUCGACAGCACAGUGCAAGAGUUGCAAUACGGGUCACAAACUGAUAAAGAGAAAAUCCUCUCAAAUAGUCAAACAUACCAGAUCCAGUCACCUAGAGAAGCUGCUGGACUUGUGGUCAUUACUGGGACAAAGGCGAUCACAUUGGAAUACAAACCAGAGACUGGAACGAACGUGGAGCUUAGUGGAAAAGAGCACAGGGACGGGAUUGUUCUCCCUCAACCCCAAACUCAAUCCUGUUUCACAGCCUCCUGUCCAUCUGUUCCCCAAUCAAGUGUCGGUUAUCGGGACCAAGACACAGCAGAACACGGGGCUGUGGAGCAGUCUGAGAGGGACACGCUUAUUCAGGCAGAUCAAGGGAGCCAUAUACCUCCAUCAGGGGCUGCGGAGCAGGCAGGUGGUCACCAGGACUCAAAAUCAUCUCCGCCCGCUUUAUCGUCAGCUGACAACAGCAGCGAGAUUAAAGAAACUGACUUGUCAAAAACACAACCUCAAAUCAUCAAAGAGAUCUCAAAUGAUGCCAGAGAAACACCGAGUUCUUUGGAGUCGGUUGAGAUGUUUGUUGACACUUCUUACAAAGAAACACAGCCUUCAUCAGCUGAAAUACUUGAGACCCCAAAGCCGAGAGAGUCACUUCCUGGAAUAUACGUCUCUCUGGAAAACGAAGACUCCGUGUCCAGCCGGCAUGUGGAGAGCAGCACAGGAGAAGAGCAAACUGACGUCUCCGUCUCUGACUUCACAGUGCUGCCAGAGUGCUCUGCUCUGCAGCCGAGUUCUCCAAAACCUGCACCCCCUCAGUUUGACACGGGCGUAGUCGUCUCGCUGCAGGAGGAGCAGGUGGUAGAAGCAGAAACAUCUCAUCCCUCUGACCAGAUCCCCACGACAGAAACACACCUGACCACCCAAGAAAUAGUGGUCGUUAGAGAGGGGGCUCACAUCAGCGGGGACUGGUCCAACGUGCACCUGACUCAGAGUUACCUCGUACAGCAGGAGGACGGCAGCGUCUGUGAAGCUGCCAUCGUUAAUGAUUUGAGCGCCGAACUUUCUAGCGGUGAACCAAAGCUGUAUGAAGAAAGUGUUCAGACAGAAAUGGAGUUACACUCACAACCCGUGGAGGUGUACGAGUUCUGCGGCCUGGUGGAGGAGGUCGCCGAGGAGACCGUGUGUGCGAGCAGUAGCGUGCAGAUACCUCACUCUCCGGGAUACGAGGUGAACCUGUUCAACGCGCUACUAGAAAACUCUGAUGACCACCUGGAGACGCAUCUUGACAGUGACACUGUAAUCAUUUCCCAGCAGCCCUUGCCUUUAUCACAUGAUGCAAAUCAAACAGAGGCUUGCUCAAACAACAGCAGCUCUCAUGGUUUGACUGUAGGACACACAACAACAGUGCGGCACUUGGUGUUGGAAGCUAACCCAGCAGGUGAAGUGGCUAACUCAAGCCAGGUUUGUUUAGUCGAAGUAACUGCUGUGACAUCUGACUCAUUCAUUAAUGAACAGGUUGAUGCAGCAGAGCAAACACAGGUGAGUGAUUCCCCUGUAGCUUCAACGGCUCCCCAAAAACAGGAAGCAGAAGCAACAGCUGGCGGAUUAUCUCUCAUAUCCCCUGUGGUUACGAGCGAGGACGUUUCAGAGCAUGUUGCUGCCGUAGAAAACCAGACCCCGGGAGACUCUGUUGUGAGCACCACAGUGGCUCCAUCACAGAGUAUUCAGAAUGUGCCCACAGAAACCGAACCAGAGGCCCCCUGCACCACACACGUCUCUGGUGUGAUUAAUCCAAAGCUGCUCCUUCUUAAACCAGGAGGAACGCCACUCCUGAAGCACCCACCCUCCCUUUUGGCACAUGUGUCCAAGCAACAGAGCGCGGCUGGCAAGCUGGCCAAUGCCCACAGCUCUUGCUCUGGCACGGCGUCUGAGGAGUGCCUUCCCCUAACUGUCCCAGCAGCAGCAGCAGCAGCAGCAGACUCUUUAUGUGCGUCUGAGGCUCCUGGCAGCGACAAAAAUCAGACGCAGUGCUCAGUCAAUAAAACUCCAGUGACAGCGAGCGGUAACAUCUCCCUUCACCUUGACGAGGCAGCAUCAGCCACCCACAAAUCUGACAAAGAGGCCUUAACUGUAACCGAAACUUCAACACGUGGACAAAGCGAGCCUGUGCCCAAAGAUGCCAUCGCCUCACCUGCCACGCCAAACACCCUUUACACCCUAACGGCAUCAGCGGGAAAGGGAGGGGAAGUCAUGGCAUCAACGAGCCACGAAGACCCCGCGAGCCAGCCCGACUCCCUCUACAUGGAGGAGGAGGGCGAGGACAUGGAGCAGGACGAUCAGAUGGCAGAAAUGGAGGCUCAGGAGGCGGCGUCAGGACAGGUUAGCAGUCCAGAGGAAGGCAGCGAUGAAGACGCUGAUGCAGACAAAACAGAAAGUGAGAUGACCGCCCCGGGCUCUUCGCAUAAGGUACUUUUUAAGAAUAUGUUCGUCAAAUUCUGUGAAGUUAAAGAGAAAGGCUAGAUGGACGAAAAGUGAUUUGAGAGUUUUAUCAGGAGUGAGACACAACAACAGGACACUCUGAAACUCUGUGUGCUUCAUAAUAUAAAAGUGUUUGUCCUUGGAUGCUAAGAUAAAGACGCUGUGUGAAUGAAGAGAGAAGCUGGAGUAAGAACAGUUAGAGAUACGGACACUCUGUAGCUUCAGAGUUUAAACUGACGAUCAUGAAGAGGUUUUCUAUCUCCAGAGGUAUUCUAGUUAAACACUGUUUUAGAUGAAUUAUCAAGUUGUAUUUCCAUCAGGAGUUAAAAUCCCAAUAGAGAUAUAAUCAGCUGUAAAGACAAUUGAAAUGUAGAAGAGGUGACGUUAGAAUAAAGCCAAACAUCUUAAUAAAAGGUCAUUUUAGUCCCGAUUUAAAUAUUUUCUUCUACAUAUUUUAAUCUAAAAAUGAUCGAUGUAUAGAUAAUGUCGUCAUCCAGAUACAGUGACUCUGUGACACUAAAUAGUUAGCUGUCCGGCGUUUCGAGCAUUCGCCCAAUCGUCCCUCUAAGUCACCAGGAAGUUGUCCUGAAUAUGUGUUUCAGAUGCCUUACACUUAUCCAUGAAGCGUGCCAUAUUAGCUCAGCUGAUCCUGGAGAAACACUUCUACUCUCUGCAGAUCAGAAUCAGCUUUCUAUCUCGAUGUAUUGAUCGGUCCGUCCUUUAAUCUGAGGAGGGUAAAGUGAUUUAAAUGAAAGAAAAGAGAGUAUUUAUGACUCGAGGAGAAACACCUUCAUGGUUCUGUGAUUUCUGUUUGUCGGCACAUUGUCAGUGUCUAAAUAUGGCAUCCUCCUGCAUGUGGUCCUUAUUUAUGUCACUGGUGUGAAGCAGUGUUUUCAUUAUCAUCAUCAUCAUCAUUAUUAUUUAGUCUUUCUUUUAAGUUGGCCGCAUGCUAAGCCAUGUGUGUUUUCCAGCAUGGACAGAGCAGGACAGACAGAAAGGCACUUUUCCUCAAGGUAAGUGGUGGUUGUCAGACACUCAGUCAGGUUCACUUUCAACAGGAUGUUCAUGAGCACUCACUAGUCAGGCGAACAUUUGGAGCACUUAUACUUCAGAAGGCAUUACUCUGCUAUCUUAUGAUUGUAGUUCUGCAUGAGAUGAAAAUCACAGAUGGGCCGUUAUUUAGUCUAAAGCAUGGCUGGACUUGCUUCUUCAAAACCCUGAUUUUAUGCUUAUUCAUGCAUGUGGCUUUUAUCCGUAGGAAUCUUUCUGCUGUCACUUCACGAAGGUGCGAUUAAAGAAUAAUCUCCUCGUCAUCCUUCUUACCCUUCAGGUACGGCAGUGGAUCGCAGACAGGGUCACCGUGAAUUCAUCUCCUGCCUCGCCCUCCACGUCAUCUCCUUACCCCGGACCCUCGCCCAGCAGUGAUUGGUCGACGCCCCGACGGGAGAGGUCCUCACCUCUCAGGGGUCCUCACGGGAAAUUUGUUUCACCCUCUUCAGUGGGCGGGUACAGCUCCUCCUCUUCUCCACCUGACCAGACCACACCUCAGCGGCCCAGAGGACACGCAGACAUGGCAGAGCUGGCUAAGCAUGUGAGUGCGCCCAUGGUUAAUAAAAGACCGCAGUGUCAGUAUUCUAAUUUUAAAGUUAUGGUGAAGCACGUCAUCACAUUUUAAAUAUUUGAUAACCCUCACAGAUUAUAGCCGGUUUGGAUCUGAACUGCUGUUUCUUUUUUAUUUUAGUCCCUCACAAACGUCAAGCCCCCCCCUGAAGUGCCUUUUACUGUAUCUACAGAUUACAAAAGAUUUUGCAUUCAGAGAUUAUUUCCCUCACCUCUAAUUGUCAUCAGAGACACAGUUUGCUCCACUUUAGUAACUUGGGAACCGAGGAGAGCCAUAGCAUGUAGAGAUUAUGUUAUCAAAGAGAGGAAUCCAGAGAAAACCAAGAUUAGGUCUCAAUCAAGAAGAUACACUUCCUGAUUACGACGUGGAAUAUUCCAGAAUAAUUCACACCUAUUUACAUCUACAACGCUCAUUCUCUUUUCUGCAUUUUAAGCACUAAUUUCUACACACCUUCUCCGGCCUGCUCCUGGUCAUCUCGUGUUUUUUGUUUUCUUCAAACAAACCGACUCGCAGAUAGUUUUCUUUUUAUUUUCAGUUUAUUUCUGGCUGUUUUUGUGCCUGUUGUUAGGGAUAGGACAGUGAAUAGAGUGGCCUUGGUCCAUCCUAACAGGAGAAAGUUUCUGGAUCAUGCUUGUAUAUGGCAUCUACUUCUUUUUUUUUAAAACAACUUGAAAACAUAAAUGUGCUGUACAGGAUUUACUAACUAUUUCGGCCUUCUGCGUCUUUCAGGAAGCUGACAUCGAGCAUCGAACCCAGGCUCUGAAGCGAGAGGGUUUCUGGUCGAUGAAGCGUCUCACCCGGCUGACGGAGCCGCCGCGACCCAAAGUUCACUGGGAUUACCUGUGCGAGGAGAUGCAGUGGCUGUCUGCCGACUUCGCUCAGGAGCGGCGGUGGAAGAGAGGCGUGGCGAGAAAGGUGAGAAGUGGUUUCAAAGCAAAGGUGUGAAAGCUCGUAUUGAUCCUGCAGUGGUUUAACACUGGUCCCAGUUUGUGAUUUCAUAUUUCACUCUGUUGCUGCAGAAGUAUGAGAGCUUGUCUGUUUACUGGAGUUUUUACUUUGAAACAAAAUUGAGACGUGUUUCAAAAUCACAGCAACAAAAAUAUAAACUCCUUUGAAUUUUGACGGAUCAUCAUUUGACUAUGGAAAUUAAAGCAAACUGGAUGUAUAUCUUUAUACUAACUUAGUCAUAAUGUGCAUCGAUCGAGGUUGAGUGCUGUAGAGCUCCCUGUCAAAAGUCUGCAUAAACAUAUAGAGACCAGGUGACAUUAAACAACCUCAUUACAUAUCUGUGUGUUCAAGCCCGUGAAUAUGGAGUUACAAGGUGUGGUUGCUGUGAUGGAGGGUGGAGCAAAAAGAAACAUAACAGGCAGGAAGGGCAACUUCAGCCGCUAGUUCACCAAAUCCUGCAAAUGUGAAUGUUUUUGGAGCAUAACCACCGUGAACAAUGAGAAAAUAACGUCAAGAUCCUUAACUCUACUGUUCUGCAGCUUCUGGUUGAAAAUAUGGAAACUUUGAGAACCUUACCCUAACCCAGCUUGUUAAUUAAAGAAGAAAAAAGGUUAAUUAUUUACUUAAUUUCCCAUGAUGUGUUGCGCGCCCUCUCUCACCCGGAUGUGUUCUGUUCUUCGUCUUUUUAGGUGGUUCGGAUGGUGAUGCGACACCACGAGGAGCUGAGGCAAAAAGAAGAAAAGGCCAAGAGAGACGAACACGCUAAAAUUAGAAGAGUCGCCUCCUCUAUAGCAAAGGAGGUCCGGGCUUUCUGGAGCAGCGUCGAGAAGGUACAGACGAGCCUCGAAAAAAACCAAGCAAACAAAGCAUUCUGGUUCAGCUGAGGAGUUUAAAAACAGCUCAUGAUCUUUGUUUGGGAACUUUCGUGGAGGAGAUAAACUACAUGAAACUUUUCAGACAAAUGUACGUGAGCUGAGGAGUGAAGUGCAGCGAAUUCACAGUUAAAGGAGCCUCAUGAUGGGAUGGAGGUUAAGGCCUCAAAUGACAAAUGAAGGAAAUGACAAAUGUUGAAAGUAACAAACAAGCGCUCAAGUAAAGAAAGGAGAAUGUUUAUUGCACAGUAAAAUAGUGACAGAAAACAGUGUUGCACUCUUGAAAUGGGGUUUAUGCACAGGAGAAGUAUGUAUGAGAGGGGAUGCUGCUCUACAUAGUGGGUGUGUGUGUUGCAGAGGUGGGUUGAGGGUCUAGUGUGAUUUUAAAUCUGUCGGUCCUCGACCUGUAGCUCCUGCAGUGCCAAGAAUGUAGGUUCUGAAUUGAGGUUUAAGUUUUUACAUGAAAUAUACACAGAAAAAUCCUCAUGUGUGUUUUUUCAAUAAAGGUGGUGCAGUACAAGCAGCAGUCCAGACUGGAGGAAAAGAGGAAGAAGGCUCUGGACCUUCAGCUGGACUUCAUCGUCGGCCAGACGGAGAAAUACUCGGACCUCCUCAGCAAAUCACUCGCACCUAUCAGACCUGCUGAAACUGUCCCUCUGACCCCCCCAAAAUCGGCUCCUCCUCCAGCAGACGAGGAUGGUGAGAGUUUUUCUUCCCUUUAAUAAAAGCUGCACCCUUUAAUAAGACAAGCUUAAUGUCCCCGUGUAAUAUUCUGAGACUGCUCUCAGGUCUGAAUCAUUGGCUCACUGAGGGACGUUGUCAUAGCUACAAACCAAUGACUGAUUCCUCUGAAGUGUCCGCAGUAGGAAAGUGUUUCAAGGAAACAAAAAGCUGGUUGUCAUUUCAAGGUUAUGCCAUCCAUAGGAGAAAAUAAGCAUGUUCUCGUAUUUCCAUACAACACCCACUUUUUUACCCGAGCUCAUAGAAACCCGUCUCCACCAAGAAGACGUCUGUUCUGCUGUUUGUCAGAGCAGUCAGACGUUCACAGACUGAUGUACCUACCCUGUACUGCUCUGUAACUGACAGGUGUGAGACCUGUCAAACCUGUCAGACAGGUCUGCUGCCGGUUUGAUCAAAAACAUGGCGCUGAAACAGACGCUUGCAUGUUUUGAUCCAUCACUGAGAAUGAUCCACUGUGUUGAGGGUCGGCAGUCCAGUUCUGGUUUCUCUCUGCUUCAAGGAUUCUACGAGGGAGACUUCUCCAACUUGGACUCGAGCACACUUCUGUUCGGAUCGCUUUGGCUGCAGUUCAAGUUUCCUUUGGGGAAAUAAAACGACCAAAGUACAAAUAUGAGCUUCUCAAAUUGGAAUUCAUGAAAAAAUAUAGAUAUUCAGGCGAAAGUUUCUCAGUGUGAGCAUGUUAAAAAAUCAGGUUUCAGGUCUUGUGACGUCCAGUAGAGCACAUUCACUGAGCGACGUUGGCUCAGUGGUUUCAUAGGAUGUAUCUUAACUGAAAGGAUGAGGAUUCAAACCCCAGAUCCGACCAUCUAUAUGUAGAGGUGUCCUUAGGGGAGAUUCUUAACCCCAUAACUGUUGGUCUUAUGACUGUAAGUGUGUCGUAGAGUGCCAUCGACCAGCCCUGCAGAUAUGGAUCAUCAAGUUUCGCUCAGUUAAAUGCUGAUUCCCAGAAUUGAAGUCUGUUUAAACACAAUGAUCCUCAAGGCUGUGAGGCCUGAUGUAUUUUUUGACUUUAUAAAAUCAUCUUUAGUGGAUAGCACUUCAUAAAUCCAGCUGGUUUGAUGCAUCUCGUGUCUUUUUCUGCUUGUUUGUCAUUUGUGAAGAGGUGUUUUUCACUAAGAGGCGGUUUUGUUGUCCUUAUGCAGACAGAGACUUUGAACCCCCCUGUGAGGAAGAGGAUGAUGAGGAGACUAUAGAGGUGGAGGAGCAGCAGGAGGGAAACGAUGCUGAGAGCCAUCGAAGGGAGAUUGAACUGCUGAAGGAGGAAGGCAUGCUGCCCCUCGACCAAUUACUCAGCACCCUUAAAAUGCCACAGGUACCUCCAAAAACCGGGAUCGAUUUUUCAAGACCACUGAGUUCAGUUUUAUCUGGACUCGAAAUCUUUGUUGUCAAACUUAAACAAACAACCACAGCUUACUUUUCCUUCAAAUAACUGUAUGAUAAACGUUAAAACAGUUACAAAUACAAACAAACUGACUGAAACUGGGCAGGAUCGAGCUUUCUGAGACCGAGUUCUGUGGGAGAUUUUAUAACCAGCCUGGUUUUAACUUCUUUAAGGUGUUCAAACUCAUGGAAAUAACUCCUACUCAAAAAUAGACUUUAAAUCACAUUAAACUUUAUAAAUAACCUGUACGUGCUUUUAUAUCUGGGUCAUGGAUGUUUGAUUUUAAUCUCUUGUUUCACAGGAGUCGGGCACGGAUGAAGAGUGCUCCGAUGAAACAUCGUCAUCAGUGGAAGAAGAGGAGGAAGACGGCGAAUUCACUGCUAAUGAAGAAGACGGUCAGUCAAGUUUUGAGUCUGAAAAUGAUACGUUUCCAAAAAGUGUGAAAAGAAACUGAAAGAUUAGUAAAUGACAAUGUUUAAUUUGUUGGUUGUAAUGAAAAUUUUGCAGCUGAGGAUGAGGAGGACACCAUCGCCGCCCAGGAGAAGGUGGAAGGAAACGUGAACCACACUGAGGAGCUGGACGACCUGGCCAGAGAAGGUAUUUAUCCUGAAAAUAAAGAGCGUGAAUUCUCAUGUUGAAAAGCUUCGUCUGCUGCUUUGAUGUUUUUCUAAAGUGCUUUUCUCUUCGUUCAGAUAUUCUCUCUGAGUCCUGAUCCCUCUCUCACUCUGAACAGUCCACUUAAUCCAAGCCUGUCGUUCUUUUCCCUCAUGUCACUCCCUGCCCUCCUCUGUCCAAACUGUCUAAUCCUCAGAAUAAAAGCACAAAAAUCCCCAAAAUGGAAGACAAAAAAAAGUAAUUUACAGACAAUCUUGGUUUAUUGCUGCAGCCUUCAUCAGGGGGCUUCUACAGAUUCUGAAAUUGUGCCCAAAUUGUGUUCCCAAAAAAAUCCCAAACACAUUAACUGACGCACACCUCCCAAAAAUAAAACCAUCUGAAGCACCGUGAUUGGUCCGUUUGAUGGCAGACAUGUCCGGUAUCACCUCCCUCUUUUCAUCUCUGCAAUAAUCACAGUGUGGUCAAACGCUGCACGGCAUACGUCAGCUUCAACUUAAACAUGUCACACUGGGAUUCAGUUGUCAUGGUUUCCUGUCAGGAGGAGCGUCGACGUUGCUCCGUUAAGUAGCAUCUAGGUGAGAAGCAGAAGUACCUGCUCAUGAUGGCGUCGGUCACUAGAACAGUGUUGCAGAAAUCCAGGAAAUCCAGGGUGGGGAUCAGGGAGUUUGAAGCUUUUUUUUGCACACUGCAGUACGGGAACAAAAGGAGAAUAAUGUCGGUGUCUUGGUGUGGGAUUUCAUGUAGCAUAAGGGCGUCGCAGAAGCAGGGCUUACAAACGCACACAGUGGGAGUGCCACAUACACUCACACUUCAACAUGCACUCAGAGGGCUGUCCCACCCUGACGGCUCUGACUCCAACCAUGAUCACCGCAGUCUUUUCCUCGUUUCACCUCUGUGACUACCUCUGAGGUCGACCGACAUUCUCCCACAGUUGCAUGACGCAUAUGUGCGUUACACUUUGCAGAUGAGGUGCAGCGGGGUGAUUAAUAUCUCGCCUUGAUUUAGCGGCGUGUAGUGAGAUGUAGUUUUCUCUGAAUCAUCACAUGACGCUUCAUCAUCUCUUCAUCUCGCAUUUACUGUUAGAGGGGCCCACAAUAAAAAAAAAAACAACCUUUGACUUUUACAGCAGGUUACAACAGAGGGGCUGUUGCCUGUUGAGUGAGCACCGACACAUGAAGAACUUCUUUUCCAUAUUUGUACUUUAUUUAUCGUGCCAUAUACUGUCUGCAGAGCUUAAUCAAUAACUAAAAGAGGUUUGAGGGUCAGUGAAACAGACUCCAGUAAAAGUGGAGUAGAGUUAGAGAUUCAUGACAGCCUGUUAGACGUCUGACCUAAUAUCUCUCUGCUCACCUCGUAGGAGAUAUGAGCGUCGAGGAGCUGCUGGAGAAGUACAAAGGAGCGUACGCCUCAGACUUUGAGGUUCCCUCUGCGUCUGGGUCCAAAGCGAGCUCUGAUUCUGAGGUGUCUGGGGACGAGGAGGAGGAGACUGAAGAAGAUGAGAGUGAUGCAGAGAGCAACACUUCCUCCUCAGGUACUAAACAGCUCCCUGGAGAAUCAAACUAACCUCCUGUAAACUGUUUAUCCGCUCUUUGACGAGGCAAAGGUGCAUUUCAGGAGGGAAACACUUCCUGCGUCGUGCUUUCUAAAGCCUGUUUGCCGCUUGGAGUGUAAAGGAUUAAAAGUUGAAAUGUGCAUCUCUCAGAUUCUCCAGGAGACAGCGCAGAAGACGACAGUGAGAGGGAUGAAGAGGAGAGCGAAGAUGAGGAUGAUGACUGUGAAGGGAUGGAGGUUCUGCUGAAGGAGGGAGACAACAGCCCGCCUUCCUCGAGCUCACGGCCUAAGAAAGAAAUCAGCCACAUCGCUGCCACCGCCGAGAGUCUGCAGCCAAAAGGAUACACUCUGGCUACGACAAAGGUCAGCCGUGGUUUAAAGAAAACAUUUAUCAAAUACUCUUCAAUAAAAAACUCUUAACAAUGUCAGAACUCAGACUUAAUAAAGGGACGGUCAUUAAGAGUCUGAGAAAUGUAACUUUGGACACGUUUUUGUGUGUUUAAGGCUGAAAAAUGACAAACCAUUACUCUGUGAUAUUUUCUCUGUUAAAAGGUCAAGACACCCAUCCCGUUUCUGCUCCACGGCACUUUACGAGAAUACCAGCACAUCGGACUCGACUGGUUGGUCACAAUGUACGAGAAAAAGCUUAACGGCAUCCUCGCUGAUGAGAUGGGUCUGGGUAAAACCAUCCAGACCAUCGCCUUGCUCGCCCACCUGGCCUGUGAAAAAAGUAAAACCCGCUCUCCACGUACUAUUUCUAAACUUCGCUGAUCCUUCUUCAUGUUCCUCCUCUGAUAUUUUCCCGCUCUGUCUGAUUUCUUCAGGUAACUGGGGCCCUCACCUCAUCAUCGUCCCCACCAGUGUGAUGUUGAACUGGGAGAUGGAGCUGAAGCGCUGGUGUCCCGGGUUUAAGAUCCUGACGUACUUUGGCAGCCAAAAGGAGAGGAAGCUGAAAAGACAGGUAAUAAAGUCAUAGUGGUUCCUGUAGUGAGGAGGGUGGACUUUAAUGUUCCUCGUUUUAAAACUCUUGACUGCAGUUGGCAGCAGGGUUGGAAAUGAACUGUUCUGUCCGCCUGCUGCUGCGGCUGCUGCUCAUUAUUUUUCACUUUGUUUUGCAUAAUAAAGUAAAAGGUAAUGCAGCAAAGAUAAAUGUUUCUAUUACUUCACAAAAAGUGGUGAUUUAUUUAUUAUUCUGGUUGAUUAAUUUGAGGCUGAUUAGGCUGUAACCGAACCCUGACUGAGAGGCUGAGAGUCCUCGUGUCAUUUUAAAAAUCAUAUCAGUCUGGACGAGGAGAGUCAUCAUCGUUAAAGUGACUGAGUGUUUUCAAUGACCCUGUAAGGAGUUAUAGUUAUGUAUUUGAACUUGAGCGUUUGAACUGGAGUCACAGCCACGGCCGAUCAUCCUGAUCUUAAAACGACUGACACGUACUAAAGCCUCAGACAGACCCAAAGAGGUCGAGCACGAGGACGUCUGAGUUUACCUGAUGACUGAGACAGCAGAAACUCCCUUUUUAGUUUUCAACGUAAACAUGAGCUUUAGUAGUAGGCGCUGAUGGUACAGAUCAGACCAUCGAUGUUACUGUCUGUCACUCUGUUACAGACUUGAGUGUAGGGCUGGGCGAUAUGUCCUCAAAUCAAUAUCACGAUAUAUUGAUCAGUUCACCUUGAUAACGAUAAAUUGACGAUAACUACUCCACAAGCUGCUCACCCCCUCCCACAACCAGCCGCUCCAACUUUCUCUCCGUCCUCCAUCUCCUCACCCGUCUUUCCCUCUUUGUUACGGACUGGAUGGGGUGGAGUCACGUCUCUGAUGUAGGACAGCGUCUUAAAAGGGACAUGAGACCAUAGCCUACCUACACACAUCCAAAACCAACUUUCACUUAAUUUUUUGGUAUGGGCAAAAUGACGUCCGUUAUUGUCGUAAAUUUCCGUAUCAGUAAAUUUUCAGUUUAUCGCCCAGCCCUACUUGAACGUUCCAGCUUCUGAGUUUUUUUCAUCUGACACCGUACACAAGCAGCUGAACCUCUUUGGCAGCCUUUCUCUGAACACCUCAGACUCUGUGACUCUGAUUUAUCAUUUGUCCUCUAAUGUGUUUAUCUGCUGUUGUUUCAAAUGCACUCUGCAAAUAAACCCAUCGACAUUUUUCCCCCCACGUAGGGUUGGACGAAGCCCAACGCCUUCCACGUGUGCAUCACUUCCUACAAGCUGGUGCUGCAGGACCACCAGGCGUUCAGGCGCAAAUCCUGGCGAUAUCUGAUCCUCGAUGAGGCGCAAAACAUCAAGAACUUCAAGUCCCAGCGCUGGCAGAGUCUGCUGAACUUCAACAGGUCAGUGGAGCUCAGGGUUUUCUAUUCUUAGACAUCAACACAUGCGAAGGAUAAAACCUGUGAGCAGUUAAUGCCACAUCUUUGGUGCUUUAAACAGCUGAAAGUAAAAAAAAAAACCAAAGAGCUGGAGGAGUUAACAGUGUCCCUGCUGUUGCUAUCAGAAACAUCUGUGGAUCUGAAGCACAUCAUCAAUAAUGUGGACUGUUUCUCAUGGGUUUUGAACAAAAUGCAUGCACACCCAGCCGUAGCUGCCAGCAUGGAUCAGUCCCUGUUUUAUGUCCAAGACUCUAAGCUACAAGUGUCAAUAUAAAUCAGCACACACAAGCACGACUCGACAGAUGUCAGCAAGCUGUCCGAAACCAUUUCAACUUAUAGACGGACUGCAGCUCCUCUUGAGAUGUCUGAUCUGAACGACACCCACUUGUGUCUCAUGCUGUAUUCACAGAUGAGCUAAACUCUUAGAAAUGAUUGGGUUGGGCUGCACGCUCGAAUGCAAACAGCUGAACUUUUCACCUGACUUUAUUCAGACUUUUUCCCGCCUGCUUCAGAGUAAAACUUCUGCACAGUCGUGUAAGCCGAUUCGACGAAGCAGCAGGUAGUAGUCAGGGAAAUUCACAGCUAGUGAGUGGGUGAUGACAUUUUUAUUAUACAACUAGUGCGAUCUUUGUGCAUGCAACGAAGCCGCUUCAACUCUACUCGCUAGUCGUGUCCCGUCUCUUCAAACAUCCUCUCUCCUCCUCUCCUGUGAAGGGAAACGUCACGCUUUGAGGGACACGUGUGAAAUAACAACAGUAGAAAUCUUUGGUGUUAGACUGUCCUGAAAUUUUCAGGUGUGCUUCUGCAACAAAAGGGUGUCACAGGAGAAGUGGUUUCUCACUGAAAGGGUUAGGUGUUGGGGUGCUCUCCUGUAAAAUCCAUAUUUCAAACCUGCCCCAGCACGGACUGGACUCUUCUAAAAUCACUAACCCUGAUUAGGAGGAACUCAAUGAUCAGCUGUUUUCCAGACGGCCCAUUCUUCAUUUAUAUUAAUCUACAUUUCAGUUGCAAACAUCUCCGUAUUAUCAGAACUCAUUGUCCUGACAGAACACAAUAGACUGAGAUGAUUGAGGCUCCAGAUUUCUCUUCAGGCUCGUAGGCGUAAAAUCUGAAUAGGUGUCAUUAGCAAGUGUUAUGUAGCGGCAAGUUUUGUACAAACUUGCAGCGCUCAUUGAAAGAAAGUCUCUUUUCUCUGCGAGCACAUUCAAGGAUGAGCCUCCCGGUCUGAUUCGUGAGCAGAUCUUGUCACAGCGAAUCAUUGUGCGCUCGGCUUUGAGAAAAAUAAGCUGUUUUUCACCGUCAGUGCUGUUUGACCCUGAGCGCAAACCCCAAACACACCAGAGCUUCAGAAAGCAGACAGUUUACAGGACACAGUGGAUGUGAUGGUUUAAUCAGAUAAUCAAAUAUUACACUGUUUUGUUUUUUUUACCAGACAGAGCGGGUUGUAAUGAGACUAACUUGCUUUAAUUUGGCUGCGAGCCCGUUCCAGCUGGCGGUGAAUUUUUCUCUUUGUUAGUCUGAAACAAGAGCUCCUGCUGAGGGAGAGGCUCACAGACUCUUUAACUACCAAAUAAACUUCAGUCCUCCUUCAGUCUGCUCUUCCUCAAGACUCGAGAGCGAUCGUAGGAUGAGAGGACAUGGAGCGAAUAUUAGAGCUGCACAUUCAAUUACAUCUCCAUCAUUAUUUCAGGAUGAGCACAUUGCAAAAAUGUGAAACUGGUGCAACCUGUAUUUCCAAUUUUCUGUCCCUAAUGUGAUGAUACCGUGCAUGUUAUCCUCAUGCAGAUCAGGUCCAGUGCGUUUAUAUUCCAGAUACUGAUGAGUGACUUGCAAAAAAUACCGCAUGUGCAUUUAAAUUCCAAGAUUUUUCACUCUUGUGUGUUUGGUCGUGUUGUGUUGGGCCGUGCAAAGUGACCGAAAUGUGUCCUAAUAUGUUUAACUGUCUGUGUAAUUAUGCGUGGGUAAUAAAAAAGCUUUUAAGUCGUUUAUUAACAUGCGAUUUUUUAAUGCAUAACCUUCUCGUGGUUGGAGUCACCCUCUUGUAUUUCAUGUUCUGAGUCCUACAUUUUUAUGUUUGAUAUCACACAAUGAGAUAAACUGAGAAGUUGAGUAUUUAUUUAUUUAUUCUUUAUUUCAUUCAUUUAAAAAUAAAAAGAAACAAUUUAAUUUAAAUACAAACGUUCUCCUGUCUAGAACGAAAGGGAGCAGAAAGAAGACUAAUCUUAUUUUAUCUGCCUCUUUAUCCCCAGAAAUCAAUUUACAAAGAACAAACGUAAAAUAAUAUAAUAUAAAAAAGCAACAACAGCAUAAACAAAACACAACAAAAAAUAUAAAAUAAAAUAAAAAUACAGCUGCUGGCCACCACAGACAGUCACAUACCAUUUAGUUCCCAAGUUACAAUUCAGUUAAUGCCACUAAAACAACAACAAAAUUACAAUAGUGUGACAAUCAGAUGUAACUCACAUAUUUCCUUAACAAACUGGCUUUAAUUAUUCUUUUCAAUGUAAUGUUUGACUGGGAUUCUUUAAUGUCUUUGUUCAGAUUAUUCAGAGUAUAAAAGGACAGAUAAAUAUAGGGCUGGGCGAUAAAACGAAAAUGGACCGAUACGGAAAUUUACGUCAUUUUGCCCAUAUCGGUAUAUUUGGUAUCCAAAAAAUGAGUCGCUUUUGGAUGUGUGUAGGUAGGCUAUGGUCUCAUGUCCCUUUUUAAGAUGCUGUCCUACGUCAGAGACGUGACUCCACCCCAUCCAGUCUGUAACAAAGAGGGAAAGACAGGAGAGGAGAUGGAGGACGAUUCAAAAGUUGUAGCGGCUAAAGUAGAUAAAGUUAAUGUGGGAGGGGGUGAGCAGCUUGUGGAGUAGUUAUGGUCCAUUUAUCGUUAUCCAGGUGAACUGAUCAAUAUAUUGUGAUAUUGAUUGGAGGCUGUAUCACCCAACCCUGGAUAGACAUACACAUCUCUAUUGCACAUGUCUUGUCUUUUGAGUUAACAGAGAACAUGCACGGACAUUAAACGUGGAAAGAAGAUACUGGAAAUCAACCCCAAACAUGUUUUUUUUCCAGUAAAUAUAAUAUUUUAUCCAUUUGUCCAAAUUUGUUUUCACAUCAUUUUUUAACCAAACCUCCGCUAUGACUCGUGAACACGGCGUUUUAUCACCUGUCUCCGCAGGUCCCCUUGAUUCUGCAGAGCUUUACAGCCUUCUUCAUUUCACCGUUGAUGGCUGCACGAUUUAUAACUUUACUGUUUUGUUGCCGUCCCACAGCUUUACCAGAGCUGUUUCCAGCAGAAGCAGGCGAAAAAGCAUCCUAUAAAUCCUGCACAGCACCGAACAGCAGGCAGAGUUUCUGCACCUAGCUGUUCUCAAAGUAGAGCAUUUAUCAGGUUAACGGCGAGAUAUUUCCCCGAGGAGUUAGUGGAGAAAUAAACUAGAAAAAGAGUGAAUGUAUUGGACUUGUCUGUUGGUCACUACAGCUCCAAAUCAAUGUUAACGCUUCCCUGUAUUUGCCGGAGGAAUAGAGAGGAGACUUUUUACUGCCAGGUUCCCAGUCCUAUCCCAUAAUCAGCCCAUUUAUGAUCCCGAUAAUAAGCUGAUUUUGUGGCGAUGCAGGAUUUAUGGAUUGUUAUUCCAAAACUGAGAAAUAAUUCCAAUCAAAGACAGAUUUUAAAGCUAAUUUUUGUCCCAUUUCUUCUUUGUUGGCAAAUUUCUGUAACCAUGUAUUCUAACUUCUCCUGAUUACAGCCACCGGCGCCUGCUGCUGACAGGAACCCCUCUCCAGAACAGCCUGAUGGAGCUGUGGUCCCUCAUGCACUUUCUGAUGCCCCACGUCUUUCAGUCCCACCGCGAGUUCAAAGAAUGGUUCUCCAACCCGCUGACGGGGAUGAUCGAAGGGAGUCAGGAGUACAACGAGGGCCUGGUCAAGAGGCUCCACAAGGUGCUGAGGCCGUUUCUGCUCAGGAGGAUCAAGGUGGACGUGGAGAAGCAGAUGCCCAAAAAAUACGAGCAUGUAGUGCGCUGUCGCCUCUCCAAGAGACAGAGAUUCCUCUACGACGACUUCAUGGCUCAGGCAUCGUAAGUUUGAACACGGCGUUGUUUGAGGAUCAAAUCAGCUGUUUUUGCGGUGUUGUUGUUUGUGUGUGCAGAUCUAUUAAAAACACAAAGGAAGGACUUUUCUGUUUGUAAUGAGGCCGCUCUCGUGUAAACAAGUCCAGAGUGGGCAGAACCACCAACUGAGAGGACAUCCAGACCCUAGAUCACAGACUGAGCACAGUUUAAUAUGCCGUCAGAAGAGACAGAUGGGCACAGGCAGACAGAGAGACGUACAGGAUGUUCAUGUAAAGAGGCUCAUAGUUAGACACUCACAGUCACUUCCUCCCCAGAAGAAGAAGAGAAGCAGUGAAGGAGACAGAUCCAUGAAAACGGUUCAAUAAGAGUGAAAUCUGUGAAAAGAGCAAAUCUAAAAACAUGAGAUGUCACCUCGUACAAAUAGGGUCCAUAUUAGUGUAGAGUUUAGACAGCUUUCAUUCAGCUUUACUUCAGUAUCUCGUCAUUAUUGUGAAUUUUUACGCUGAAAUAAAACUGUUGAAAUCUCCGUUCGUUCUUUGUUUGUCUCUCUGUUCAUCACUUUUCUCCGUCUCAUCCUCAGGACUCGGGAAACUUUGGCCAGUGGUCACUUCAUGUCCGUGAUAAACAUCCUCAUGCAGCUCCGUAAAGUGUGCAACCACCCCAACCUGUUCGACCCCCGACCCAUCCAGUCCCCCUUCAUCACCCAGCCCAUCGUUUUCCACACAGCCUCUCUGGUGCAGGAUGCCCUGGAGGUGCACCCUCUGAAGGUUAGUCCCCUUUUUAUUUACGGCACAAAAGCCUCUGGAUGAAAAGAGUCUUUUCAUUAAACUGAGAAAAGGAAAAAAAAACAUGGUGUGCUCUGUUUCUUCAGCGCUGUGACCUCUCUAUGUUUGACCUCGUCGGUUUGGAGGGCCGCGUGUCCCGGUAUCAGACAGACGUGUUCAUGCCGCGCCACAAGGUCAGCAGACAACUCAUUCAGGAGAUCAUGGAGUCACCUGAACCCCCUCCAAGACCCAAACCGGUCCGCAUGAAGGUCAACAGGUAAACAGCAGAGCGGCUCACAACAGAAAGGCUUGUAUAACCAUGAGCGAGGACAACUCAGUGAGCUCUCUGUUUACAGAAGCUCUAAACGUAUUAAAUGUCUUUUACUUCUUGAAAAUAAGUCAACCUCAAAACAUCAAACGGAGACAGGAAAUGAGGUUUUCUCUCAUGAGCAGCAGUUUUGUAAUCUGGGAGUAAAAAAAAUCAGCCUGCUUAUUGAUUUUUACCCAUAAACUCGUCCCAUUAGCCUGUGAGUCCGAAAAGUCAUUUCAUGCUCUCUCUUUUAGGCUAAACCAGAUCUCUUCCACUAAACUGAACCCGUCUUUAUCCGCCUCUGAAUCCAGCAGCUGCACAUUUUCUCAUGUAUAAUAGCUGUGCGCUGUACCGUAGGAGCAGCUCCAGUGAGAUGCAUCGCUAAAGGUCACCUCCCUCACAGUGUGUCCGCACUCCUGAUUAAAGCUCGAUUAAAGCCCGAAACUGUCAGUCCGGAGGAGCCGGAUGCUACAUUUGUCCGUUAACGUUAUUUAUGUCACCCACCAAAUGAAACGGCAUUCAUUGUCUUGCUUUUUUCCACAUCUUUAGAGGUUGAUGUGUCGAUUCGAUAUGAACAAGAUGAUGAAUACGAACUGACUCUUAGAGGAGUUUGAAUUCGUAUAUUCCUAUAUUUUCUUAAAUGUUUCUCUGUCUUUUUCAGGAUGUUCCAGCCUCCCCCGAAAGGCGAUAAUCGACCAGUCCUGCUCAUGAACAAACCCACCUGCUCAGUGCCGCCCGCAGCUCAGACCCCCACUAAACCUCCACCGGUUACCGAAACCCCCUCGACUCCUGCGGCUGCUCCCGUGGUUCAACAAGGUGUGUGAAGGUGUAAAAACAUUCAUCCCAGAAACUUAAACACGAUUGUUUCCUGCUCAUUUCUCUCGUCUCCCUUCUCUGCUUUCUUUCAGUGGUGUGUUCAGUGGCUACCACCGCCCCUCCUCCCCGCCCGUCCAUGCACCUGACGGCUCAAACCGCAGUCAGAUCCAGCGCUCCAAAACCAGUCCUGACAGUACGGCCUCCGACUGCGACCUGCACAGCGAGCAUCCCGGCCCAUCCCAGUCCAAACACUGGAAACGUCCUUCCCCAGAGGGUUCUGCUCAGCCCGGACAUGCAGGCCAGAUUACCCUGUAAGUGCAAACUGCUCUUCUAUCAAAGGACAUGUAAAAGUUCAUACUUAAAGACCACCUUAAGUUAAAACUGUUUUUGUCCUAACUCGUGUCUUGUUGUAACCUCAUUCUUGAGAUUCUUCACUCUUCAAAUGAUUUCUUCUUUUUUGUUUCCAUCCGUAGCCGGUGAGGUAGUGAGCAUCGCUCAGCUUGCCUCUCUGGCAGGGCGACCUGUGUCCUCAUGUCAGGGCAGUAAACCCGUCACCUUCCAGCUUCAGGGCAACAAGCUGACUCUGUCCGGAGCGCAGAUCCAUCAAGUCCCAGCUGCUCCUGCACGCCCCGUUCAAGGUACGAGCUGCACCGUCUGAAUCCUACAGGACUGAACUGUUAGACUGCUGUUGUCUGUCAGUUAAAGUGCUCAUAGUUCAAGUCUACUUUAAUCCCAGUUAGUUUCAUGUUACAUCUAUGAGGUGCUUGGUUUAUGCAUCUAUAACAGCAAUAAAACUGACAACUUUAAAAGCUUCUAUUCCUGGUGGAUUAAAACAAUUCUCAAUAUGAUUUUCUGAUCUGUGAUUCCUGUGAAUUUUGCAAAACUGCAGAAUAACCAAAGAUGUUUUUCAUUUUGGAAAAUAAAGGUAGAGAAAUCAUGAAAUUUAGAUAAAUUAGCUUCACAUCGUAUUCAAAACAUUUAAACCUUAAUCCUUAAUCCUUAAUCAGAUGCAGAUAAUCAGUGUGCGAUUAUGUGGUAAAGAAACCUUUGUGGUUCCCCCUCAUGCAGGUAAUGUGAUGCAUCUGGUGUCCAGCGGGGUGCAGCACCACCUCAUUAGUCAACCAGCCCAGGUCACUGUGCAGAGCAACUCCAGCACACUUCCUGCGAGCACAGCCUCCGCCGCCAUAUCUGCCAACCGGCUCCCUCACAACGCAACCGCUCAGCAAGGUCUGUGUCUCGUCUGCUUUCUCUCUCGGUCUCGUUCAUGUGUCGUGAAGAGACCCAGAGUCUCACUGCUGCUGUGUUUCAUGUCCCCUCAGUGCCCCCCGCCAUGGUGAGCAGCCCCGGCGUCGUGAAGAUCGUUGUGCGCCAGUCAGCAGGCAAGGAGGGCGGGCCUGUGCCCACUCUGGCAGUUGCUCCUUCCCCUCGUGUUGCUCCUCAAGCACCUCCUUACCCUCACCCUCACGCCAACACAACCCCUGUCAGACACACUGCUCCACUGCAGAUAGCUCAUCGCACCCCUGGUCCUGCUACCGCCCACUACACCAUAGCUCCUCCUGGAAACCCUAGCUCCACCCCCAACCAGCCCCACCCCCCUCGCCCUGUCCUCAAAGUAGUGCAGACUCCUCCAGCGAGCACAGAGCAGCCAGGUGAGAGAAGGAGCUCCAGGGUUUCUCUCUAAACUGCUGUGUGCGUGCAUGACGAGAGAAACUGGGUCAGAUUGUUAUUGGAACUAAAAUUUGAUUUUAAGUUUUUUCCAGUUUUUUAAAAAAAUGUACUUAAAAUAACAAACGUUUCCAGAGAGUUUGUGGAAAGUACUUAAAAUUAGAUUAACUCGACGAUAUGAGGAGUUAAUCUGAUUCAAAUCAUUACUUAUGACCUGCAGGUUUGUUUUGGGUGUGCAGGGUUAUAGGGACAUUAAAGGCUCCUGGAAACAUGUUUUCUGAUUUAACAAGAGCACGAUAAAACCCUGUAGAUAAGCGAGUAAAAGCAGGAGCACUACAUUUUUCCCUUUUUAUAAACUUUCUCUUUUUUCUCCUUCUCCUCAGCUCCAGCUCAGGUGACCUCCUCUGUUUCCAAGACUACAGCUGCACCACGUGAAAACAGCAGCAGCAGCAAUCAAACACCAGCCAGCACCAAGCCAAGGCCCAGUACGGCGGCGAAAUCCUUCCCUCCACCCAGAAAAGUGCCUCGUCCUCCUCCUCGCUCUCCUUUCUAUGUGGUAAGAGCGGUCAUUUGGAAAACACUCUUAAUGCUACCCCCGAUUUUCACUGUAUUUUCACCGUCUGCUGAAUUCCUACCGGAUCCGUUGGUGGGGCGAAUUUCUUGGUGGAUUACAGACAGUGGUAAUCACAAGAAUUCACAAGAAGCCACGUAAACUAACCAUAAAAGCAGUAGAUUGUGUCCUUCCAGAGGAGGAAAUCUACUUCUAGACUUCUAGAAUAAGUAUCUCCUCAUCCAUGGUGUCAUCGGGGUGAAAUGCUGCCAAUAAACCUUUCACUUGUUCUUCUCCGCCCGUUUGCAUGGUGUGAAAUACGAUCCUCCUGAAACACGGAGUGUUUUAUUUUGAAUUCUGUGCCCGACUUCCUUUCCAGCACGGGUUAAUCUGCGCUGACUUUAUCAGGCAUGCUCCGGUUUCUGGAAAAAAUAGAACUCUUGCGGCGAUCCACAGUGGAACGGAAAGAAGCCGGUGGAAAUUGACACAUUAACUUGAAUGUUGCGAUCAGCUGCGAUCGUCAGAUAAGUCCUUUUCGUAGCCGUUCCGGAUGCAGUGGAAAUUGGGGGUUAAUGGUUUAAUUCUUCCAUGUAUGAAGUGAAUCAUCUCCUCACACAGUUGUAAUCAUUAAAAAGUGCCGUUUUUGACGUCACUGUCUCUCUGUCGUUUCAGUCAUGGUUGGCAGAUAGUCACAAACAGCAGCACGACGGCAAACUUGACUUCCUCCAUCGAGUCAACGAGCUCCGCUGUGGAGUGAAGCCCGUGUACGGCCGAGAGGUUUUGGACUUCCUGACUUUUCUUCCCGGAGGCCGACCCUCACCGGCCGCCCUGACCUCUCAGAAGGAAUGGGGCCGCUCCGGUCACAGCAGCUGUCUGUUCGCACAGUGGCGAGACAAAACGGACUUCUGGCUUCCGAGCCGCGCCGUGAGUGAGGCGAUCCAGAGCAUCGAGGAGAGGCUGGAGCUGCUCCAGGACAUCGUAGACAGGUAGACAACAGGUUUAUUUCUUUAGAGGUGCAACAGUUUCUCAAACAGAUCAGUGACUAAGAGGAUUUUCAUUCUGUCUGUUGUAGGUUUACAUUUGUGAUUCCCCCUGUGGAGGCUCCUCCGAUCUCCAUGCACUGUUGCCAUCCUCCGCCCUCCCUGAGCCACAAGCAGGCGGUGUUCUCCUCCACACUGUCAACUCAAGUCGCCCCGCUGACUCGCAGCCUCCAUCGAAUCCAGUGUUACAUGAGGACCCAGUUCCCCGACCUGAGGCUCAUUCAGUACGACUGUGGUAAGUUGUCAAGAUGUUUCUGUGCGGCAAGGAUAUCACCGCCAGUUUGGAGAGUUUGCAUUUUUUGACAAUAACACGCACAGAGCAUUUUUCAUCGUUCUCAGGGUUUUACGUGGAGUUCACAUAAAUUCAGAGGUCUUUUCUGACGGUUAAACCAAUAAAAACAUAAAACAGAUUCAAAGACAUCAGUCUAUGUCCUGAUGGAGACUCAGCCGAGUCGUAACACGUAGACAUGUCCCUGUUUAUUAAAGGAUUUUGAUACUGAUCAUGCUUAUCUAAGCUGAUACCCUUGAAAUCAUUUUUAGUCCGUGCAGUCUUCUCCGUGUCUGGGAGCUGCUCAGUGUGCCCCGGUUCAAAACAGAGCUGGUCAAACAGAGGCCCUGUCUGGUCCAUCUUAAGAGUCUUUUUUCUGGAGGCAAAGUCAAAGUCAUGGGAACAUCGUCUCAGAACUUUUACUGACUCCAAUUUUAACGCCAAGUAAGGUGAUAACAGUCAAAGUUUUCAUGUCUGACCUGAGGGAAGAGGAGUCUCAUGUGGGUUUACACAAAAUUAUGUGUGGAGCUGAACUGAAGAAAAGUCAAAUUAUAGGGUUCAGAAAAGUUGGAAGAAUAAAAACAUUCAGAUUUUGUUUCUAUUUGCUUCAGUGUGUUAAACUGCAACGUCACCUCUCAAUCAAAAUUUUGCUGGAAGUAGCAAAAUGAUAAUAGGUCUUCAGGUGUAUGAACUCCCUUGACUUGUUUGUGUUUGAGUGUGUCUUUCUUGAACAGUUUAUGUCUUAUUUUUGUGCAGGUAAGCUGCAGACUCUCCACACUUUGCUGCGGAAGCUGAAGACAGGAGGACACCGAGUGUUGAUCUUCACUCAGAUGACUCGUAUGUUAGACGUGCUGGAGCAGUUCCUCAACUAUCACGGACACAUUUACCUGCGGCUGGACGGCAGCACCCGUGUGGAGCAGAGACAGGUCCGUGCUGUCGUUGUAAAAAUAUAUAACACGUACCCUUAACUCUGCUUUAUCUAAUCUGUGUAUCUUCUUACUUCAUCUUCAGGCCCUGAUGGAGCGCUUCAAUGCAGAUCGACGUAUUUUCUGCUUCAUCCUGUCGACUCGUAGCGGAGGUGUUGGAGUGAACCUGACCGGCGCUGACACGGUUGUGUUUUACGACAGCGACUGGAACCCCACCAUGGACGCCCAAGCACAGGACCGCUGCCACAGGAUCGGCCAGACCAGAGACGUCCACAUCUACAGGUAACCACCUCGAAGCCUGUCGACACACAGGCUACAUUUGCUGCUCUGGAAAAUAUGCUUUCAAAUAUCUAGAGUGAUUUUAAAUACAAACGGACACUGCAAACUGCACCAAUAGAAAAGUACAGUAAGUAAUUUAGAUUUAAAUAGUAGAAGAAUGGAUUACUCAUGAGAAAGUUUAUUGCAAUGGCAGAAAAAUUAAAUGAAUUAAUAGAAAAACAUGUAGGAAAGUGUUGCACUAUUAAAAUAAUGUCAGACAGGUAAAAAAAAAACCUGCACCUGUGGAAAUAUAUUGUAUAUAAAUAGACUGUGCUGCUGGAGAGUUUUAUUGCAGUGUAGUGGUAGAAAAAGAAAUCACAUAUGCAGAAGACCACAGAAGGAAAACAUCGCACUGGUUGCAGAAAAAUUUAUUGCACAGGAGGAAAGUUCAUUGCGCUUUAAGAGAAACGUGCAGCAAAAAUAUUGAACUGGUUGGGAAAAAAAGCACCAACAGAUAAAUCUUACAACCUCAGAACUGUGAUAAUAUCCCUCUGAGAAUAACAGAGGAAUAAUCCACUGAAUUAUGUAUCUGUGCGUCUUUAACAAUGAGACAAUAGAUGAUAUAGGGGGUGAGUAUGUGUCGAUUUGUUUCUCAGUGGUUUCAGUGCUUAUAAACUUCCUUUUAUUCUUUUAAAGGGCAUCCAUUAUCUUGAAGAAAUGCUUCAUCAACAAUACGUUAAUGUCUUUUUAAUGUUUCCCUUCAAGGCUGAUCAGCGAGCGCACGGUGGAGGAGAACAUCUUAAAGAAAGCCAAUCAGAAGAGGAUGCUGGGAGAUAUGGCUAUUGAGGGUGGAAACUUCACCACCGCCUUCUUCAAACAGGUACAGGUUUACAGUGAAGGUCACUCUGAUACCUCAUUGUUUAUCACUGACUAAACAAUAACGCUGCUAUCUAGUUACACAUCAUCUGUGAGCGUGCAGAGUAUUUUUAUUCCUCUUAACUCACAAUGUUUCGCAGUAAUGUGAAAAUAACUCACUGGUUUGAUGAGGUGUGAACAUAUAGGUGUGUGCUUUAAUAUCUGAAAAGACUGUAAGAUUCAUGACAUUUAGAAAAGCUACUUUCAUGGAGGCAGAAGAGGCCGUGCCCUCCUUCUCUGUAAUUAAAUUUUCUGAUCUCCCUUUAAAGAAAACCACUCGCUCAGUUUAAGUGCACCGACACCGCCACAUUAACGAACGCUUUAAAUAAAAGACAGCUUUAGCCUGACUGCUCUCUUUGGUAUGUUGUGACGUUAGGUCAUUAAGCGAGUUCAAGAGCCACUUAAAUCUGCUCUGUGUUUUUCCGUUAAGUACAAUGAGCCCCUUUUUUCUUCUCGUUUUUCAUCGUGGUCUUCAGCAAACCAUCAGAGAGCUGUUUGAUGUGAACGAAGGCGAGAAGAGAGAGGUGGCGGUGGAGCUCUCGGUGCCCCAGGCUGAGGAGGAGGAGGCUGUCAACAAACAGAGCACCACCAUCCUGGAGCAGGUGAGAUACUUCACACAAGCCAUCCACCCAUAUAUAAUGAAAAUCGUUCCUGGCGUUUGGUAAAUCUCAAACUCAAAAUACUAGAUUUUUCUGCACACCAUCCUCUGAAGCAACCAAAAGAGCUUUUCUGUCCACAGCUGUUUAAUUUAUGGGUUCAAAUUCAAAAUAUUGCGAAGAACUUUUAAUGCUUCUUCAGUUAUGGAAAGAAUAAAGGCAAAUUCCUCCUUAUUUUAUUUUUAUUUAGCCAGGUUAGUCCAUAUCUUAGCCUUGCAUGGUCCCCCAGAUUGUUUUAUUCUCUUUUUAAUGCUUAAAAAACAUUUUAAAAUAAUAAGACCGAGGCUUUUCUAUCCAGUGUGAUGGCAUAAAUACAGAUACCUCAUCAGUCUGACAUCUGUCUUGCAGGCUCUGUGUCGUGCCGAGGAUGAGGAGGACAUAGUCGCAGCGUCUCAGGCCAAAGCAGAGCAGGUGGCAGAGCUGGCAGAGUUCAAUGAAAACAUCCCGCUGGAUGACGGAGGGGAGCAAGAAGAGGUGGAGGAGCUCUCAAAGGCCGAGCAGGAGAUCGCUGCUCUGGUGGAACAGGUAAAGAACAGUCAUGCACUAUUAUUCUGGAUUAUGAUGUAGUCCUAAGUAAUAUCUACAGAGAUGACUUAUGCCCGGUUAGCUCAGUGACUCUCUCGUAUCUAUUUCUAGCUCACUCCCAUUGAACGCUACGCCAUGAACUUCUUGGAGGCCUCGCUGGAAGACGUGUGCAAAGAAGAGCUGAAGCAGGCUGAGGUAAUGUUCACAUCUUUGCCCUUUGAUUGGUUUGAGUUAUAAUUGCAUGUGUGUUUAGAGCACCUGUAGGAGUUUUUAAACUGGUCAUGAAACAGACUAAGAUGAACUAUGGGGUAGAAACAGACCCUUUUCUAGUUUUUCCUCAUGUAUCUUGUAUCUUUGAAUGACCCGGUUAACCAUCUUAAAGUUACAGUUUUCAGAUUUUUACACUCUGAAUUAGAGCCUUUAAUCCUACAGAGCUGAAAACUAAAAUAAAACUCUUUCAAAAGCUCAUGAAUCUUUUGAAAUAUUGGGCUUUAGUUUGGCUCAGUUGUUAGGUUGCACACCCCUCGUUCAGAGGCGUUCUCAAGGUGGACCUCGAUCCUUUCCCCACGGUUUCAGCCAAGUUCCCUUCUCUGUCCAACUGUCCUAUUCUUACAAGGAAUAAAAAUCCCCUAAAAGUAAUCAUAUCAUAUUAUAAUUUGUACUACUUGAAGUGUUGAAAUGUGUGAUCAUGUGUCUGCUCAGGAACAAGUGGAGGCUGCCCGCAAAGGUCUGGACCAGGCCAAGGAAGAAGGGCUGAAGCUCCAUGCUUCAUCUGACGACGAUGAAGAUGACUUUUUGUCACCACCAGCCUCCGUAGAGCCCGCUCAGCCAGCCCCAGCUCGCAGAGGCCGGAAACCCAAGGACAAAGACAGGAUUGUCACCUCUACAAGGACUAGUGGUCGGCUGCGUGGGGCCUCACCUGAAACCGAGCCAGAACCUACGACCACGAGAGAAGUGCCUGAAAGACCACGUGGUGGUCUGAGAGGACGAGGAGCUGCCAAAGACACUGGAGCGGUCUCUACUGCCUCGCCUCGCUCAGACAACCACAAAACGUCCACAUCAACCAGACUUCAAGAUUCCAAGUCUUCAAAAGCUUCAUCUCCUGCCAGGGACCACCAGACCAUCAAAACCAGGACACAACCAAACCGCUCUCAUCCCAGUCCAGUGCCUUCCCCUUCGACAACCUCCCCCUCUGGAGGUAAACAUCAAAGUGUUGGGGAGACUGACAGCAAGAACUCCAAAGCAGGUAAAGAUGAGAAAGACGGGGAGAGCCAGAGGAGGGCGUCUGAGUCUUCACUGGAGUCCAGCGGUCCGGUGGACCACCAAACAAAAGAUGAUGACAGCAAAGACCACGGUGCCAUGUCUCCACCCUCCACGAGCUCCAGGUCACCUCGCAAGCGUCAGUCAGCGGAUGGUGAAGUCCUGCGUGGUCUGGUUGAAGAUUCCCCAUCAGCCAAAGUCCUGAGGAAGCUGCCGGGGAGGCUGGUCACUGUGGUGGAGGACAAGGAGCCGAGGAGGAGGAGGCGUAGAGGGAGUGGAACUGGAGGUGGGGCUUCUUCAGAGGAGGCAUCAGCAGAGGACAGCACAGCCGGUACUGCUGAUGAACCGAACAAGGACAACACCUCCUCCAGCUCCGACAGCAAAAGUAAAGGAGGACUUAGCAAAUCCCCUCAGGACCAGGACUCUGCUACCAGUCCACCCGUGCACCCACAGCCAGUCAGAGCUUACCCUCCUUAUUCUCCUCCCUACCUUUCUCCUGACAUGCCCGUGCUGAGGAAUCUCCCUGUACGGCGCAGGCUGGAAACUGAAUCUCGCAUGGCUGCUCAGCUGGGAGAGCAAAUGCAGCAUCUGGGCAGAGGACGGGGAGGGAACCAGUCCAAAAAAGGAGACGUGACACCGGGAAAAGACACGUCUGCGGACCCUGGUGCAACAACUCUGAAAAGAAAAAGGGGCCGGCCCCCAAAGACUCCUCCGAGGUUAUCAGAGUCUGAUAACCCAGUGAGUCCUUCCCCUCAACCCACCUCACCAAGCGAGGAAGGACUACCCCCUCUGUCCCCAAAACGAAAGAGAGGGCGUCCGCGCAAAGACUCAACAACCACACCGGAUUGUGUCGUUGGAGAGCAGAACUCUACAAAUGAAACCACCACUACAGCUGUAUCUGGUUUAUCAAAAACUGAUGGUCGUACAGAGUCAGCAGACCUGUCUCUAAACAAGUCUGUGACCCCCGUCGCUGCUGCCGCCACCACCACAAGUCAGGCCCAGUCGACCAAAGCUAAAGAAACAGACACUAAGACUGAAGCUUCAGCCGCUGAUCCAAGUCCUACUCAAGCUCCCACAACAACUACAGAUCAAACUCCCUCACCAGUCUCAGAUUCAGUUCUGGCACCUGAGCCUGCACCCCUUCCUGAAGCACCUCCCACAUCAGACUCAGCCCAAGUUACCGAUUCAGUUCCAGUUUCUGCUGCAGCUCCAAGCACAGACACAGAGCCAGCCCAGGCUUCUUCUGAAUCCUCCGCAAAACUUCCCCCAACCAUCCCAGUGAGUGUGACUUCCACGGCCACAACUCCAUCGCCAGCUGCCAGGGAUGUCAAAUCAACCCCUUCUGACAGCAAACCACCACCUGUGGUUUCUUCAGCUCCUAAAGCUCCAACAGAACCAGCACCUUCAGCUUCUGUAAAUGCAACACCAGCAUCAGACUCUGCUAAAAGUAGACCAGUGGACACACCAGCUGCUACCACUACGACUCUCCCUCCCCCUGUUACAUCCUCAGAAACAGUCAGUGUCACACCAGAACCAUCAGCUCGAACAGAAACCCCCGCUGCAAAGGACUCACCACACGCCCCAUCACAUGCAACACCUCCAACUACAACCCAACCAAAACCAACCUCAACAUCUUGUCCAACUACAACAACACCUGUGACAGCAGUGAAGACAGUCCAAGCUGGUCCUUUAGACUCAACAAGUCCAAGUACAGUCCCUGCUACCACGCCCGCCAAGGCUCCUUCAGCACCUACGGCAUCAACAGUGUCGUCAUCUUCCCCAAGUCAAGCUUCAUCCUCUACAGCCCAAGCAAGAACUAACGCUCCAACCACCAAAGCUCCAAACACAACAGUCUCAGCCCCGCCAACGCCACCAAUCGCAGCAGCCGCACAAGCGCCAGCAGCUGGAACAUCCCCAGCAACUCCCCCAGUCUCCAAACCUUCUCCAGCAGCUGCAUCCAUCACUGCUACUCCCACAGCCAGAGCGGAGACAGUCACGGUAACUCCAUCAACCCCCACAGAGACGGUCAAGGUACCGACCCCAGAACCCACAACUUCAUCCACACCUUCUAAAAGUGCAGAAAAGACUGUUGAGAAACCACCUCAAGAACCAACUUCCACAAGUGCUGCAUCAACACCACAACCACCAACAGCCACCACAACAUCAUCCAGAGAAAGUUUGGUCAAAGCCGCUGUCUCAAAUGUCGACAGAACCUCCCCAGAAUCCACCCCGUCAGCAUCAUCUCAGUCAGCAGCACCGACUAUCCAAACCCAAACGGUUCCUCCCGUGUCAAACACGAAUACCACCUCCCAGCAAACACCAAGCCCUGCUCCUAAAGAUGUUCACCAAGAGAUCUCUACACCAGUCCAGACAGAAGCUCAGGCUAAACCUUCUGGUGUUGCAUCUGAGCAACAGUCCUCUGAGCCGGUGCGGAGCUCAUCCGAGUCUAAAGGUGACUCUGACAAGGUGACAGAAAUGGAGGUAGAUUCUGUGCAGGCUGAAGAAAGGACUUGCAAGGAGGAGGAUGACCAAAAGCAGGACAUCAGUAAGUCUCAGUCUAAAAGGAGAAGAGUGGAGACCUCCUCUGAGGCCCAAGACUUUGAGACAGGAAAGGAGGAUGUAGGCGAAAAAGAAGCACAGCCUGUGACUGCCCUUCAAAAAGAAGAACUCAAGUGUGAAGGCAUGAAACCAGCUACUGAAGAUCAGAAAACACUGAUCCAGAAAAGGCCUCUCAGUCGGCAGAGCAGCCAGGAGUCCACUCGAUCUUCUUCGCCAUCAUCGGGGUGCUCCACGUCAACCCUCACUCGCCACGCUCAUCACAAGAAGACUUACGAAAACAGACACCCGACCAAGAAGAGGCGAAUGGACACCGCAGCAGAACCAGGAAAGGAGGAGGAAAAGGACGAGGUUCAGGAGAUGAAAGAGGAGGGCAUAGAGAAGGAAAUCACCGCUGCCACCAGGAGGAGACAGUCCAGGUCUCCCUCUUCUUCCUCUUCAGAUUCCGACAACAGUGAGAGCAGGAAGGAGCACCGGCUAACCCGCUCAGCGAAGCGCCGGCUCGAUCAGGAGGGAGACAGAGGCAACAACCGGCAAGGGAAGAAACCUGCAAAGAGCUCUGAGAGAAACGCAUCAAACAACGCCAACGCAUCCACGGGCGGAGAGUCUGGCAGUGAUACGUCCUCAGUGAGGAUCACCAGGAAGUCUGCGGGAUCUCAGCCUCCACAGGAAAGUAAAGCUCAAACCAACAGCACGCCUUUGUCGCCUCCGGAGCCGGAAGUUCUCGGGAAAAGGUGUUCGGCACUCAACGCUGCAGCCAAGCUCCUCGCAAUGAAAGGCAGGGUGGACACCCCGGGACACACCCCGCGAAAAGAUUCUGGAUCCAAGGCGGCGGGGACUUCCCCUGCCCCCUCCUCUGACAAGAACCAAAAGCCAAAAAGCAAAAGUGUUCCCGCCUCUCCACAGAGUAACUCUGUCAACGCAACAAACAAUAAAAGCAGUGGAAGCAAACCCACGACACCAAAUCAGACGAGCCGCUCCGCUUCACGCUCCACCAGACAGUGUCCUGGUUCUCUGGUCCCUCCUCUGGAGGCGGAGUACAAAAGGUCCAAAGCUGAGGAGAAGGAGAGGGGGAGCAGGAAGUCGUCAGUGGGUAAGGAGGGUGAGGCAGAGGCGCAGUCUUCAUCCAGAGGCCACAGCGCCUGCAGCAGUAUGAGCAGUGAUGGCGAGGGCGAUGGUCGCAGCAGCAGGAGCCGCAGCAGCAGCAACAGCAGCCAACGCACCCACAGCAUCAGCUCCCAGAACACCGAGCACAGAGAGUCCCGCGCCACCUCCUCCGGCAGCGAGCGCAGCUCUGAGCGAGCGAAGAGCUGGGACAAGAGAGACAAGCAGGGCUGGCACAGGGAGGGCCGGCAGGACGGAAGGAGGUCUCAGAAGUUCUCACAGGAGGUGACGAGCAGUUCAGGAACAGAGGGGACGCCGGACAGAGUCCUGCGGAGCGUGGCUGCCCUCGCGGCAGUGCAGGCCCGGUCACCGGCGGCGAGCACCCGCUCCUCAUCUGGUCAACAUCGUCACAAUAAGACAUGA